GGCCAACACUUGAUCCAACACUGUGUCAUCAUUCAACGUGAUGAGAAAGGCUAUGGCCUGACCGUUACAGGGGACAAUCCAGUUUAUGUGCAGUCUGUGAAAGAAGGUUUGCAUGAUGUUUAUUCAUUUUUUUGUGAGGAGAGGGUUUUUUUUCGCAUACACACACACGCCAGGGUUGUCACUAAGAUUUCAAGUUGCUGGGUAAACACAACAAGUAGGCGGGGAAAUCAAACAGCUAGGGAUUUCUUUUGGUUCUAUUUUUCUUCUGUUUUCCAAUAAAAGUAGCCGGGGGCCACUCUCUUAGUAGCCGGGGAAAAUCCCCGGCCCCCGGCUCUUAAUGACAACCCUGCACGCACACACAAAACAACAUAACAGAAGGCCUUGGAAGAAAAAUCAUGAAUUUCAAAUUGAAAAGUUACUUGACUGUGAGGAAAAUGUUCUGUUAACACUGGCAGAUAAGCUUCACCUUUUCCCUCUUGAAUUUUGUUGAAAACUGGGGGAUGGGUUUUCUGUGAGAGCACCUUGCAAGAAAUUUAUGCAUUUCUAUGAAUCAUCCCAAAGUUGAUCCUUUCUGACUGUGAAUUUACCUGAUGCUAAAUCUUCGAGCACUUGUGUGGUGCCCACUGUUUCUCUUUGUUCACUUGCUUGGUACAUUGUAAACUUAUUAAAUUCUCUAUCUCCAUUUUACGCACACAUUUGUUGCUGUUGGAUUGCUUUAAUUAUCCAAAGGAAAUAAAGAAUCAACCUACAUGUAGGUUAAAAAAUUUUUACCUGAAUUUAAUUUUGACCUGUAACAUAUAUUGAAUCAGACUUGGUGAUUUGUAGAAGGUACAGUGUGUGUAAAACGUUUUCUUAUCUGUUGGUGUUACUUUUACAUUGGAAUCCCAGAGAUUGGAAUCCCAAUUUUAUGAACCACCUUCAAAGCAAAUUGGUUCAAAUUAUUGGGAGGUUUGAAAAAUCACGGGUAAAAUUGCAGUACUUAACUUCUAAAGGGAAGUUACAGCUGUAGAUUUGGUUGAAAUUAUUAUGAAUUUCGAAAAACCGAGAGUUCAAAAAAUGGGGAUGCUACUGUACUUAUAAAAUUUAUAUAUUAAAUUACUGAAGUAACCACAUAGUGUCACUGAGUUGGAUGCUUAUCAUCAAUGUUUUGAACACCUGAUAAAUCACUUUCUGCCAGGUGGAGCAGCGUACCGUACUGGUGUACAAGUUGGGGAUAAGAUUAUCAAGGUACACUUUUGAAACAUUUUUUUGUUGUUUGACUUAACAUGACUUUACAAGUACUUGUCAGUGUGGUCCUUUUUUUGGUACGAAAUUCUUAUUUGUUGCUAUGUUAAAGUAUUGAUGAAUUUUAUUCAUAAAUCAAAAGAAGUUUGUUGAGAAAUUCUUCUUUCGUAGAGCAAAAGUUAUGGUUUAUUCAUAAAGCAAAAUAUUAUUGUCUGUUUUUGGAAUAAUGGCUCUGUAUUAUGGCUUGUAUUAGUAAUUGAAAACCUGGAAAGUUGUGGCUUUGUGCCAUGCUCUUUCUUCUUCAGGGUGGUGAUCCUUGCUUAUUGAAAGUUGAGGAUGGCUUGGUAAUAAUUAUGAGUUUUUCCAUUGAACUUCAUUCAGUGCCUCCAAAUCCCAUGUCUUAAUUGACCUUGAGAGUGUUUUUGUAGCGUUCCUGUUGUCCUUGUCCAUUCUCAUUUCUGUCAAUGUUGUGGUUGCACGGAGCUUGCUAGCAGCUUUGCUAGGCAAAACGAUUCUUGAUAUGCAACAUUUCACCUGAAAAACUGAUGAUCUGAUGGAAAAUGGGUCCACAGGAACUCAUACAGAGGCUCAAUAGUAUCCUCAAGGUGGAGAAUGAUCCUGUUAAGCAAACCUCUGGCAAGUAUUUGCCUGCAGUGAAAAGGAGUGAAGUGCUGUGGUGGUUGUUGCAAUUUUGCUUGUUGCCCUUACUUUAGUAUAGAUGUAUUACAGUGUACUGAAACCAACAACACCAAAUAUUUUCUGAGGUCUUCCUGGGUUUCAUUUUACCGUAGUAAAAUAUUCUGGGAAAGGCACCCCACACUUAUAUGAUUGACAGUUUCCACACUAAAAACAAUCUCAGUUGAAAAAAAAGAAAAAAGUUUAAAUUGUGCCUAGAAAUUGAAUAUGGAAUCUGGAAUAAGGAAGAUACUUUAUUCAAACUUGCUCUGAAUUAUGACAUCAUUCAUAUUAUUUGCAUUUAUGUUAGGGAUGCAGGAUGUAUGGGUAACAAAAUUGCUUCUUAUGUUAAGAAAGAAUCACUUUUUUUUGUUGACACAACCGUAACUUCUUUUUAGGUUAAUGGAACUCUUGUGACGCACUACAAUCAUAUUGAAGUUGUGAACCUAAUUAAAGGUAAGUAAAUUCCCAGUUGUGUUGUCCCAAUAAAAUUUCAGUGCUUCUUUUACUGAGUAUGUAUUUGAGAAAUAUAAUCGACUCUCUGGAGUUGUAGUCUUGUCUCGUGAUAUACAAUUAUUUUCUUGAGAAAAAUGAUAAUUACACAUUGUGUGAGGGUAAAAAAAACUGCUAUUAUAAUAUAUUUAUUAUAUGCAACUGGGAAACUGUAAUAGAAUUGUACAUGUAGUGGGCAAUUCUUCUUAAUUUGCUUGGUAUAAUACUAUUUUGCUGCCUUGUAAAUGAAAGUAAACAAUUGACAUACAUAUGAUAAGAUCAGAAGUCAUUUAGAGCCUUAUCCAUUGCAUCUUGAACUCAGUUAGUUGAUGGUCAUUGUUCUGUUGUAAAUAGUCGGAAUGAUAAGUGAUUGGUAGUGAAGAUGCACAGACACUCGUUUUGAAGUUAAUCUCAGAAUGAUCCUUUAUAACCCUGAUCCAGUACAUGCUCUAUGCUCUACCUCGGUUGACAUUUACAUGUUCCUUUUUUCUAUCACGCCACAACUUUUCUUGAGUUCAAGAAAGUUAACGUUUAUUACUUAAUUUUAACUGUAUCAUUUGGUUGUGAAAUGCUUUCCAAAGCUCUUUGACUAGAAACAUGAUCUUUUUUAUCUUCUAAGUUAAAGUUUACUUACAAUUGGCAGUGCCAGUCACUGCUGCACUGUUACCGACCUAUGAGCAGUUGACGUAUCGUACCCUCUCACACCAUGAAAAUAUUUCUCUAAUGAGAUGCAAUUUACAGACCAUAAACAGCUCUUUACAAACCUUGUGCAAGUUUUGUGAUCUGUAUGGAUUGUAACGUGACUUAUACAGACCAUUGUAGUGCAGAUACAAGUGUAUAUUGGACAACCCUCUUCAGUGCUGGCAUCUUUUUUUGAUCAUAAGACUGAUGUUUGUAUUUAUUUUAUUUUAGCUGGAUCAUAUGUUGCCCUGACUCUUCUAGGAAAAGCACCAGCCCAUGUUCAAGGUAGUUUAUAGACAUUUACAAGUAGUUUGUGUAUUUGAUUUGUCAGGAAUAGAUUUUUGUGGAUGAGUGAUGACUACCAAGCUAAUGUAAAAAAAAUAAUAAUUGGACUAUGGCAUUAAGCAGUCAUGACAGUACAUGCACCUCUCCCGUUAUAUAACCACUGCUGAUUAGUUUUGGUGUGGAUCUCAUGUGUAGGAACGUUUUUUUUUGUUAUUAUUUGCAGUUAUAUUUCUUUGAACACAGUUUUGGGACUUGUAAAUCCAUUAGAUGAUUGUGUUACUUAGGAAAAUUGAAAUGAUUGUUAAUUUUUUUUGUACAGAUCCUGUGAUCUCUUCUUGUUUUUCCUAUAACCAUGUGAAUGUGGGUGAUGGAAUUUACUAAUCAAAAUUCCUGCAGUUUUCACAUAUUCCUUUUCAAUAUUUAUUUGAACACUGUGUAACUCUACUUCAAUGGAUAACUGGUUUUCUUUGUAACACAGGGCUGUCACUAAGAUUGCUAGGUCAGUGUUCUCCUUAUCAGGCAGUGACCAGUAAACUUUUCCACUUGAAGGAACACUUCUUACUGCCUGCAACUGCUUGAAGGGUUACUAAAAUUAAAUAAGUUGUUUCAUAAAAUACGCAAGUUGUGAUCCAAGCCGAUCCUCACAAGAAAAGGAAGUAAACACGGAAAAGAAAAACUAUACACAGCUAUUCCUUUCAAAGCACUGCAGGAUGACAAUGUUUUCAUGGGCUUCUGUCUCAAUUCUGGACUUUCUCGACCAGAAGGAAAAGUUCACAAUUUCCGUGACUUGUUUUACUAAACUAACCUUAGCGGCGGUAGUCUGAAUUUUAUCCGAUUACUUUGAGUUGUUAUUUCUCCCUCAGUAAAAUCUGAAUCGACGGGCCGUUAAUUACGUCCAGUGAUGUCACUACUCCUUGAUCUUUGCUUUAAUUCAUGCAAAAAAUAAAACACGAUUUUCAAGUGGCAAACUGAGAAAUAUCGUUUGGAAAUGUCUGCAUGAUACAGAAUUGCUUUAUUUUUUCGAUCGUAGUUCAUGUUUAACGUUCAAACUAUCAACUGCAUGCAGUACAACUCUGAACCGGUUGUACUGAAUUCUAUAAUCAAACUCGGUUGCUAUCACGCAAUGAAGUAAACACACACACAGAACAUUUAGUUCAAAAACACAAUGAUUUGCUUUCAUUGAAAAGAAGCUAUUUGGUCCUUAGUGAAGAAAAAAACAAGGAAACAAGAAACAAAAGCUAACAGAAUCAUUACAGUUGAUGGUAAAAAUAGCAAGAAGGUCAAAUCAUAAUAUUGAUCUCAAAAAACUUCGCAUAAACAAAAUCACCCGCCGCCGAAACCACAGAGCGGCUCCAAAUGAAAAACCUACCGACUCUCUGCAAUGAUUCUUCAUUCGCAGUUCAAUUUAGCGUUUCAGUUUCGAAGACAAGGGCAGUUUUGUUGUUUAAGAUAAAGAUUAAGCUUAUCAAAAUGUUUGAACUGCACAAAAGAAUACCAGAGAUGCAAUCCGCUGAAUAUCAAGCGAUAAUCCCGCUAAAAUUUUUCAUAAUUAUACAUAAUUAUGCGAAUGUUUAGACAAUCAAUCAAUCAAAAUCACUACCCGGUUUUCGGGUAGUGAGUGAAGUCACUGGACGGCAUUAAUGGCCGGUCAAUUCAGACAUUGUUGUGAAGAGAAAAGGACUUGAAGUAAUAGGAUGAAUUUCAGGCUAUAGCGGUGGAGGCAGCCUUCAUUCGUAAAAUUCUUUGUUUUGAGGUGUUAAAAUACUUUUCGGUCAAUUGGUUGACAGGAUGCUUGAAAAUAAAAGCCUUGAUGAAAGCGAAGCCCCAUACCAUAUUUUGCUUUUGUUUUCCAUGAAAGUAGAUAGGGGUUAUACUCAUAGUAGGCGGGAGAAGUCAUUGGGCCUCAGCUGUUAGUGACAGCCCUGUAACAUUUUCCUUUUGUUUGCAGCAGAGAGGCAAGGAUCUGCAUCACCACCUGCAACUGUAAGUUGCUUUUAUCUUUUUAAGAGUCAAGUUGUCUCUUUAACCUUAUUCUUUGAUAUACGUGAAACUGAAUCCAUGAAUCCUUGGAUGGACCUGGACGGAUGAAGGGUGGAUACUGGAAAACUUGGGUUCAUUAGUUUUUUAGUUGGAGUAUGAUAAAUUCCUACAUGUAACUGUCACAAACUGUAACUAUACAGGCAUCUGUAAUCAAUACCCUUUGUUUGGUACUUGUUAUGUUAAUUCAUUUAUUUUUUUAUUCACUUCAAUUAGAUGCCCAGAGAUCCUGUCAGAGAUGAGAGAACAAUAACUAUUCAGCGAGUGUUAGAUCAAGAAAGACAGUUUUAUAAGGUGAAUUCAGUAUAAACCUAGAGAUAUAUGAACUGUUACUGAAGAUGAUGAUGUGAACUAGUGCUUGCGGUCCACAGUAGUCAUCUUGCGAAGGAUUUGUUAGAACCUAAAGCCACCAGUCAACAGGCCAUUAAGUUUGAAAAUAGGCAGCUGAAGGCAAUUUCAAGCUUUCACUCAGUCACCUUACCGUUUUUCCCCAAAAGGUAGGCAGAAUUUAAAGUAGCCAGUUUUUUUAGCCAGUUGCCGGCACUUAAUGAGAAGCCUCGCUAAUAUGUGACCUCUCACGGGAAAACAUUCCGAACAGCUUCCCAAUAAAUGGGGGGAAACGCCUUGCUUUCGAACUGGUUGCAAAUGGCUCAUUCACCCGUUUGAAUGGGUUCAUUGAAUGGCUGAACGGGUUGUUAAGUUUUCCGAAUGGCUAACACAAACAAGCAAAUGGCUCACUCACCAGUUUGAACGGGUUCAUCGAAGGACUGAAUGGGUUAUUAAGGUUUUUGAAUGGCUAACACGAACGGACGAACAGCUUACUUACCCAGGGCUGUCAUUAAGGGGCGGGGGCCGGGGAUUUCCUCCGGCUACUAUGAACGUGGUCCCCGGCUACUUUCAAAGGAAAAUAGAAGAAAAAUAGAACCAAAAGAAACCCCUAGCUGUUUCUUUCCCCGCCUACUUGUUGUAUUUACCCGACAACUUGAAAUCUUAGUCACAAUCCUGCUUACCCGUUCGAGUGGCUCAUCAAAAUUUGUAAGCGGGUUCCCCAAACACUACAUCAAGAAAACCCCUCGACUCUAUUGAAAGUUUUUUUAAAAGCAAGAUGCAUAGCGCUCGUGUAAACAACUUUAUGCAAAUUUUGGCUGAAAUUUGACCCACCAGCAAUUUGAAUACGCGGUGAAGCGUUGUGUGACAGGACCAUGUGACGGAUGAUACUAGACUUUUUCAAUUACUAGAGAGCCUCAGUUAUUUAGGUCGUUUCAAUACAAACAUUUAUCGAACAUUAAAAAUGAGUGAUGUGGAACUUUUUCUCUUCAUUCUCAAGUUGCCUUCAACUCUCAACCAAAGGAUGGUCUGCCAAAAUAAUGAUAUCCUAAGUCCUGCUCGUGCACGGCUACAAGAAUCCAACGUUCUUUUUAUUACGCACAGUAUUUCCUUGCACUGUUGAUUUGUGCGACUGCACGCAAAAAGACCGACAAACGUUUGUUAUGUAUACAUGCGGAAUGCUUGGAAUGCAUUGUUUACAUAUGGCUUUGAUUCUUGUCUGAUAAACCUGGAGAUUGAUUGCCAAAUUGUCUGAACUUAUUACUAACUAAUCUGUAGGUUUUGAUUGCAGUGCCUUAUUCCCAAACUGUGCGAUGGUGUAUUUGUCAUUAUUUUCAUCAAAACAAUUUAUAGUAAAAUUUUACGUAAUAAAAUUAUACAUAGAUUUGGUUUUUGUUUUUCCGGAAUCAUCAUGGUCUAGGUCCUUUGGCAGCAGUGAUGAAACUUAACUUGACCUCAUUGAUUAUUCUGGACAUUUCAAAAGCCUCAUCCAAUAAUUAUUUAUAAAAUUUUUCAAAAUUUCUAUUGAGACAUGACACUUGACUUGGCUACCUGUUGAUUUGUUAGCUAGCCAGAUUUAGAUCUUAGUGGCUUAAGGAUUAGUUCUUAAUGAACAUACGGUGUAAGGGCAAGCAGUAUAUGUACAAUGUUUACCUGGGUAGGUGCUGCCUUAAAAUGUAGGCUGCAUUUAGUACUGGGUCUACAUAUGCAAUGAUUACCUUUUAGAAAACGAGGGAAGAAUAUAUGAAAAGGCCAUCAGAAAAGCUUCAGAAAGAGGUACUCCACUCUGUAUUUGUUACAAAAUAUUUAAUGCUGAUUUUUAUGUCUGGUAACAAUAAUAGUUUGGUGUAUGGUAUACAUGUACCACUGCACAUGGAGCUCCAUUAUUAUGACCCUGAAAUGGGACAGCAUCACAUUAUGAUAUUCAAUACUACAAGUUUUAGCUAUGUAACUUAUUCCUAUAACUAGUCUGUAUUAUAAUUCAGUGCUCCAAGCUCAACUAUUUUUAAAGUUGCCUUUGGGCAACCUGAAAUUGUAGGACGAUGGUUGGUCAUAACAACCAUGUGAUGGUUGAGUCUGUAGGAUGAGGAAACCACUGGACUUGAUGUUCAGGUCAAAUAAAAGUUGCUGUAAUAGCAGCUUGGUCAUAUACGUGUAAACACGGUGUCGGCAGGGUUCUACCUUACCACAAAGGAAACCAGCACUGAAGGAAGCUCUAUCUUUUGGUUCUUAUUUCCUUACAUUGUAUUUAUGGCACAUAACCAAUUCAGUUUGCAGAAUCAACAACUCGAAUCAAAGCCUUUGAGGCAGAACUUAGUGCUUUACUUCAAUCUCAGGUAACAACAGAAUCAGUUUCAUUUCUACACAUUCAGUUAAUAAGUUUGUUUGGUAACAAUUAUUAAUGUCAGCGUGAGGUGGAGCAGCGAGUAUAGAACGUUAAAUCUUUUAUGAAGUAAAGAAGUUGCAUCUUUAAUGUUCAGACAUUAUCUAACCUGAUAUUGUGGUAUUGUGCUCAGCAGGUAAGGGACCAUUUGUGGCCGGUAAGGCAAACAAUAUGUGCCAGAGGGGCAGUUUUAUGGGUGGGGGGGGGGGGGGUAGGGGGGGAGGGGUAGUGGAGUGAGGGACAUGACCCUGCUCUCGCUGGGAAAUUUAGGGGCUAAGUUCUCUGAAACAUCAUUCCCUCAUUUUAAGACCUAUUUUACGCAAACAAUUUAAAAUAUUUAAUUCCAAUAAUUUUACUCUGUCUUUAAUGUUCUCUUCCUAAAAUGUGUGGCCCAGUAAAAGGAAAGCUAAUUAUCAUUCAUUUCGGUGUUAGAAUCAGAUUGGAUCAUGACUUGCUUAUUGUUUAAGUAAUGGUCCAGCUAAGAAGCAGGCAGAAAAACAAUAGCCCGCGGCAAUAGCGUCAGUUAUUUUUCAGGCGCUAAUUUCUCUAAUCAAAUUAAAUCUGAAUGCUCUGAUUGGUCAAUACAGCAAAAAGCGCGAAAUUUGAAUUUUAAAGUUGAAUUAAGAUAGCUUAAGACUCAUUCGAACAACUUUUUAUUUCGUCUAUUGCUUUGUUAUGUUGAAAAACAUAACAUAUCUAAAAUUUAAAAGAUUUCUAUGCGCCAAACCCGAGGAAGUUACACUGAUAUGAAAUUACACGAAGAUGAGCACAGUGUUACAUCAAUCAGCGACGUUGGGAACAACAUUUACGUCGGCUCUCACAAAAGAGAUGUCAAAACCAUGAUCGUAAACAGCAGAAAUUCACUCUCGCGUGGCGAAUCUGGCGAACGCGCCAAUGUCGCGCGUUCAUAUUCGGCCACCAGACAGAACAACAACAAGUACACAAAAUCAAAUCUAAAUGUUAUCUAAAUGUUCUGCUUUUGGAAAAAAAGAUGAUGUUGCCCAGAUAGAAAAAAUUCCUGCAUGUUCGGAUAAUUGGGUUUCAGAAAAAGCUCUCCUACAGUUUAUUUGUUCACAAGGUUUUGAUAUUACUCUAUAAAAAUCCUUCUUACAAUCUCUCUCAUCCUUGGAAAAAAUAAAGUCAAGCUAUACAGUCAUGCUCGCUAGAUCUUCCGUACCAAGAGAAACUCAAACACCAGUGACAGCUAUUUAUGAUACCUAAGUGGCUUCCGCCUCAGUAUUCUCCGUCUCAGAACAUUGGUACAAAAUGCAAACGUGUCACAAAUUUUAACUUAAGGUCCACGGCGAACUUCCAUUUCGCUUGAUGAAGCAGACUAGAGAGAAAAAAAUCGAAUGAGAGAUGGGUAAAGGUACACGGAAUAUGGAAGUUUCGAAAAGGGCAAACACAUGAAUAACACAUAAUGCGCGUGGAGGUGCGAAAAUCUAUUGAAUUCAGCUUACCUCAAGCUCAAGUGUUCUACAUCUCUUCGAGAAAUAAAUUCAUCCUUGUAAAAACAACAAAUCAUUCGCUUUUUCUCCUUUUAUGCCCAGCUGUACUCCAAUUUCUAGUGCCACAAUUAUUCCGAUCUCCUCCUGAUCCGGCCUGACAACGAAAACAACUACGCCGGGCCCAAAUUUCCACAUGGUGACUCGGCAUGUUGAGGACGGCAGCAAACCAUGUUUAAGAGCAUUUUGACGAUCACUCCGAUGAUAAAAUACAGUAAAUUUGAGAUAAAUAUUCAAUAAAGAAAAAAUGCAGAUUUUUAACGAAGAAAUUGACGAGAUUUCUUCAGGUAAAAGACAAAUUUCCUAACAUCUCAAGUGUCACGCUAAGAUGGGGUCGCAACAAGGUCGCGUGUGUGUUGCACGUUUUCCGCUCUAACUUUUGAUUGGCACAUAGAACAAUGCUGAAACUUGGCCGUGAGCUAUAAGACAGGGGAAUGGGGAAAAUAAAGCUAAAAAAAGGUGUUUUUGUCACGUUUCUGACUGUUUUUUUGGCGAUUUUUGGAUUUCGGCCAAUCAGAACGCUUGAUUUAAUUGAAAUUAAUGAUUAAAAGUUAGCACCUUUUAAUCACUUUUGCCGUUCGCCUGCCUACCUCUUACACGGACCAUUACUUAACCCAUUCGCUCCUGGAGAUUUUGCCGAAAAACGCGUUUUGAAGCUAGUCGAGUGGUUUUCUGGUCACUGUCGUGCUAUAAAGAGCUAAAACUUACACUUGGCGGCCUUCUGAUCCAGAUGCAAAAUAUCAGCUUACUUGGGUUCGGGCAUCGCGAGAAAGCAAAAUUUCGACAUAGUUUUUGGGUUUAAAAGUGACACAGCAGUCUUGACUUUUUACUUUGCUUUUCUCCUCCCUUCUUUUUUUUCGCUUUUCUUGCCUCAUUUUUUUUUUUUUUUCUCUUGCUGGGAAUUUAGUAGGCUUCAUUUGGUGGGAAGAGUGUUUAGGAAAGCUUUUAGGAUCUUAGGAUUAGGUGAAAGGAAAGGUAGGUGGGUAAUGGAACAAGAUUUUCAUGGAGAUUUUCAGGUCCUUGUCACGUGGUUUUUGCUUCUUUCUCCGGUGCCCUUGACUGAAUUGUGCUCAUUCUGGUAUGGUUUGAAAGACCAUUACGAAAGUUGUCCUUGAUACAACUGAUAAUCACAAAGGGUAGAAAACCUGGAUUCACGGGCGGUUACUGUUAGGCGAAUGGUUUAAAACUACAUAGUUAAUUUUAGUAAACCUUCAAGCGGCUGUAGGCAGUAAAUUUUACCGUUUACCUCCUGAUAAGGGGAACACUGAUUAGAUGAUCCUCUAUUAGUAGUAAGUGGCCAACCUUUGUUGAGUGCUUUACCAAAAAAACUGAUAAAAAUGGUCAUAAUGCACCUUGUUUACCCCCCCCCCCCUCCCCCUUCCCGUCAAAUUUUGCUUAACCAUUGUUUCCAAUUUCUCUUGGGUAUUACAGUUGUCCCAAGAGCAUUCAAAGACUAUGGUUGUGCAAGAUUUUGGGGGGUGAAUAAGGUGCUUUGUGGUCUAUGUGAAAAUGGGGAAUACGGAUAGUAAACAAAUCUUGCCUAUGGUAAAUUGCUAGUGUACAAAAUCCCCUGCCUGGUCACAUGUACUGCCUUCUUCAAAUUUCCACUAACACUUGUCUUUUUUGCAGCCACCACUCUCUAACAAUGGGCCAUUCUCAGCACCCCCUGGUAAAACUGCCCCUCCCACAGUUUGGCAGGCCCCAAGCCGAAUUCCAAGCAGGUGUCAAUCACUUUCGACUGAUGAUGGGAUAAGUCAGCCUCUGAAUCAAGAUCCAAAUGCCCUGUAUGACAACUACCUUCAGACACCUAUCACUGUAGAUGACACAGACAAGUUCUCACCACAGAGACCAUCCUCUCCACCUGUGCCACCAGAAAGGAAGCCCCGUCCCACAAAUGAUCAGCUUGUGGUAAGUGAAAUAUCACUUUGCUUAUUUUAAACCCAUAAACCUGUCAUAAUUUUGGCAAUAAUGUGUUUAUCCUACUUAGAUAAGUGAAAAAUAUCAUAGUUUUAGGUUAUGAUAUUUCAGCCUUUAAAUUCAAGGACCUGUUUGUUAUUGGGUGAUUGAGGGACAUGUCAAUGUUGUUGUUGCUUUUUGUUUUUUCUGUGUGAUUUGAUAGUACUGCUCAGUUUUGUAAUGGCAAUAAAAAAACCAUGAAUACUGGACUUGCAUCUUUGAAACACUGAUAUUAUUUCACCUAUGUAAAAAUCAGCAACAGAGACCUUUUCGAAUAAAUUUAUUAUUCUUUGUAAAGGUGCUGUUUUGGUUACCUUUCUGUUUGUAAUGCCAUGGUGAAAUUGAGAACAUCAUUCAACUUAUCACCAUUUACCCUAACUUGUAAAACAGGCAUCUGAGCUAACAAGAUAAGCAGUAAUUUGGGACAAUUCUUGUGUGAAAACAAGAGUGUGUCCUAUUGUACUUGUACUUGAAUUGUAGUUGAAUUAUCAUUCAUAGUCCCUAUCGUAAUCUUUAUUAAGCUGUAAGCACUGAGGUUUCCCCACGGUUCAGUUCACAGGGCAGCGUUGACUUAAAAUAUUAUGCUUAGACUUUGCCAAUCAGCGUUGUUGUGCAGCUUUCUGACAUUAAUUUUGCUAAUCAAACUUGUGCAUUAAUCUAUAGCAGCUAAGUGGUGUAGGUUCAAUCACUAGCCCCAGCAAAAAAAGGCAUAAGAAGUUAUCUGUAAGUAUAAUGCUAAUUUCUCCCUUAUAAAAUUUAUACUUAUCAGCAAUUAAUCUUUAACUGCUUCCCAGCUUAUAAGCCAUUUGAUGCUCUUAGCUCUUGGCCAUUGAUUUAGUCAUUCUUACUUGUACGUGUUGGUUGUGUAUAAUAACCGUCAGGUGGAGAGCUUGUCACGCUUCUCAGCAAGAUUUUGUUGGCUUCAUUCAGAAGGAGAUGCUGUUGAUCCAUUAUUAAAUGUAACUGAGCUUAAUAAGAAAAAGAAUUUCUUAUCUUUUCUAAUACUGUAUAAAAGAUUGUUGACUCAGGGACAGUUUAGAAGCGUUAGGAUUGAGGUAACAAGUCAUACGUAUAAAAUUAAUACAUCACCUUUAUUUAUCCUCAGAUUUACAGUGUAGCUCUUAAAGCUAAUAUCUCCGAGAUAGAAGAAAAUAUAUAUUUAAUUGAAGUAAUUUUAUCCUAAAAAAAUAAUAAAAUAACGUAAAUGAAAGGAAAUAUAGCACUAUAUAAUUUAAGUACCUAUUACUUGUAUUAUUAUAUUUGUUCAAAUGAGAUUUGUCCCACUUUGUAUUUGUACUUCCUUAUCGCUCGAUCAAGUCGCCAUAGGGAUAAUCAAGGUGCGCAAUAGACUGGUUCCACUCGUUACGUCACAGGUAAUUUCAUAUAGUUAACCGGAAGUUAAUCUGCCGGAGAAAACGCCAUGUUUUUAGGAACAUCGAAUUGGCAGAAAAUAAUAGCAAAAUCGUUUUUAGAAUACUUUUUUACAUCUAAGGGGAUAAACUUUGGGUUUAUGUGCCCUUUAAAAUUUUUAUGUUAGAAUAGCUCAAUUUUGGUGCAUUAUUGAACUUAACUCUUUGAGAAAUCAAUAUCAUGGUUUUUGUGCAAGCUAUGAUAACGCUUUCCUUGGAGUUAUUCUUUUUUCUGCUGAUAAACUCUUAAACUGUUUGUCAACUUGCCUUUUUGGAUAUUUAAAUGUUUGUGCGACUUAUUUUGAGCUUACUGGCUUAUAGCCAGUAGUGCUCCAUGCUGUUGUCCUCAUAAGAAAGUAUGAACGAGUGAAUGUAAGGUCAUUUCUAUUGUUCUCAUAUGUGUACUAAUGCGUAACCUUCGGAGCUGAAUGGACUGGGUUCCAUACCUGCUUCAUGUAUGUCCCAUUAAUUUUGUUUACUCUGUUUUGUAAAGUGUUGUUAUGACAAGGAGGAAUUUGUUACUGAUUGUUCUUAGGGCUUGAUAAAAAGGUUAAAUAGGAUAUUAUACUUGGAUUUUUGAAAAACGUAAGGUGUUUGUUUUCAUGAGGAAUGGUCUUCAAACAACGUAUUACGGGAAACAUGCUCUUUUUUGACUUACGAUAAUUCUUGAAAUGGUUUAGCCAAUUUAUUUUUUUUGCUACUUCUAUCUAUUCGUAAUAUUGCUUCAUGUGUUGAUUGAAUUUUACUAGUAAUGAAUAAUUUUUAAUUGUUAGUAGUAUUAAACAUUGAAAAUCAUAGUGUUGGAAAAUGCAAGCACGAAUGUGUCACUUUUACUACCGUAUUUAUUUGGCUAUAAGCAGAUCUUGGCUAUAAGCCGAGACCCUAAACUUGAAACUUGUAGAAUCAGUAUAACCAAGAACAAAAGAUAAGUCCAAAACACCUGGUUAUAAGCCAAGACUUAUGUUCGUUACAAGAAUUUAAACUACUGUAAAACUUAACAAUUCCAGAAAGAAUGUGACCUCUAUGAAAACGUACAUUAUUGCUCUUUGGGUUUUUCGCUGCUAUCAGUUUUUUUUCAUGUCUUCAUCGCGUUAUACUUGAAAUGAUCACAUAAAUUGUCUUUCAAUCAAAACAAACCACAUCAGUUUGUGUUGUGUUUGUCCCUGUUUAGUAACUAGGCAAAUGUUUCGAAACACAAGUGUGACCAAACAUGGCGGAGUGUUCACAAAUUCGUUGACAUCUUUCAUUUGUUUUACACCUUCCCUCGUUGUACAAGGCUUACCAAUGUGAGAUUUUAGUUGUGAGCCCUUUUUAGUCUGAUAUUUUGACAAGUUGGGACUGAAUUUCUGUGCUUAGCUAACUUAACAUUCAGAUUUGUACUUAUGCAAUCAAUUUGAUCUUUUGCCAGUGCUAUUUGGUCGGCUUAUAAGUGAAUACAUCCCCAUUUAGUAGAGUUUGAAUGCAAUGGAAAAAUUUUUUUGUCAAAAACUCUUGGCUUUAAGCCAAGACCCCCAUUUGGGCUCAAAUUUCACUGAACUUUAGCUUUAAUUUGGGUAAAAUUGCUCGGCUUAUAGCUGAAUAAAUACGGUGGGUAAAUAUUCAAUCAUAUGUCACAAAUUUGUAUAGUUUCAAAACAACUGGCAUUAAUUUUUAAAGCAUCUUACAAUAGUCCCAAAACCCUAUCUGUAAAAGUUUUAACUUUGCCUGUGGCUGCCAAACCAACCUUACCUGCUAUAAAGCACUUACAGCAUGUAACAGUGACAAAAAGUGUACGUGCCUAUUAGAAGUCGCUACACAACGUGACUGCCUUGAAGAAUGAUUUUGUUAAAUGCAAGUGUGUGGUUUUUGUGCAGACUAUUCACUGCCAGUAACCUCAUGUCCUCUUAGAGGACUAUUUUUAACUCGUGGGUAUGCGUGAGCAUAUCACGAGUUAUUGCAGGGACUGAGAUAUGAGUCACUCACUCACUCGUAGUAGACGCACUUCGCAUGUUGAAGCUUCGAUUUGACCGAUACAUUAGGGUAGAGGUCUUACCAAAUUUAAGACAGGCAGGAAUCUGUCAAAUUAGUACGAUUCAAAAGCCUUUGACCCGUCCAGGUGUUAAACUUGACAAGAAGAUGAGCAUUUGCUCUUCGACUCCUUCAACUUCGACGCUGGCUUGAUCUCCUUCCUUGUAGUACUGUAGUAGGUUAUGUGUGUAUGAAUGAAUUUAUGGCGGUCAGUAUAAAACACGGACUGCGGACUACGGACUGCGGACUGGGUAUAAAAUACGGACUAUAAAAUACGGACUGGUGAAAUGUAUGGUAAAUAGAGGCACUUCUUCUUCUUCUUCUUCUUAAGGACUCCCCAAGAUCACGGGGGGAAAUGGAUGUGAGUUUGAGCAUUACCUUUUUAAAAUAACAGCGGAAAUUGAGAUAAGAAAACAUAAGCUAAUGUUUUGCGUCCUACUUCGCGGAGGAGUUGUGUCGGCUUCAUAUCGCGUAUGUUCUUUCAUUGCCAUGAAAUGCAUUUACAUUGUUUUUUACUAUCAGUAGCCUGGUUUCAAUUAGCCUUAAUUUCAUCCCAUUGCUUCGAGUCGUUUUUAUGGCUCGAUCGUUUGCCCCGAACGUUUGCCGGCGGAAGUUCCAUGGAAAAGGCAUUAAAUUUGAGACUUUUUGUCAAAUCAUGUGACCAUCCUCAAUGGCGUAGUGGCUAUGUGAGGUCGGGUCAAACCGAAGAUACUGGGUUCAAACCCUGCUAAGGACCUUCUUUUUCCCUUCUUCCUUUUUUUUUCUUUUUUGUUUUGUCUUGUUUGCUUAUUUGUUUUGCUGUUUUUUUUUGUUUUGUUUUUAAAUAUAUACUUAAAUAACUGUUACUAAAGUGCAAUAAACAGCAAGAAAAGUAUUGUGUUUCCAGAACAAGAAUAGUAUAUUUAUAAUAUGAAUUCCUAUCAUUUCCUAAAAUUCACUGUGGGAAAACCAGAGGUUAUAACUAAUUGAUUAUUUUCUAAACAAUGUACCCACGAGUUGACGAUAGUCUUUCUUUGAUUUUUACUUGAAGUCUACAGGUAGCGUUAGUUCUGUGAAUGCAACUAACAAUGCAAAGUCUGUGUAGUCAGGUCAUGUUGAUGUUCGCAAACUGGACAAUAAUAGUUUAGGUCAUCAUAAGGAAAAAUAAAUGAGUUAUUCCUUGCUUAUGUAGGCCUGUACUUUUAUUCACUUGUAGGAAAAACACUGCCUCAUUAGUUAUGGUAGAUGUUAGUUUUAGAUUAUUAUAGUGAACUAAUCGGAUUGCUUGAAAUACAAGAUCAACGCUUGUAAAAUGUGAUGUAAUUAUAAUGAUUAUUUUUUUGAGUGCAUACAAAUCAGGUCAUAUACUUCAAGCUCCCAAACAGCUGCCUACUUUGCACAUGAAUGUUCAUGCAAAACAUGUCAUUGUUCCACCCAAAAUUAGAACAUGUGAAGUGUGGUUGGUGGAAACAGUGCUUGAUAUGAAAUUUUUGCUCUACAGCUACCUGAGGGUCCACUUCAUGUAAGACAGAGAUCCAGUCCAGAUGCUUUAUUUCCCAUGAUGAAUGGAAACAACUCCUCUGAGAGAGGAUUUUCUACAAGAGAUAAUGUCAAGAAAAAGAGCUUUGAUGAUACAUCAGCCAUGCCACGGGGUACUCACUACAGCAAAACACAGAAAAACUCUCUGGUAAAUACCUAUGACUUAAAACAAAGCUUGAAUUGUUUUCUGGUGCUUUUUCAGGGGGUCAAGUAAGUAUAUAUGAAGUUUCAAAUAUCAAAUAAAAGUAAAAUAAAAGUAAAAAAAAAGUAUUCCUGUGGUGUGAAAAAAAAUGUUAUUUUGAUGAACUAUUUGAUACUGCUUUCAGCAGUCCAGUAUAAAUCACCUCGGUUUUAGCAAAGGUAAGCUGGUAUUAGACUGCCUUGUUUUAUUGAACAUACAUUACACAAAACUGACUUAAUCCCCAGACUAAUCAUGCUGGAUUCUUGAAGUCCAGAGGUAAAGCCAUAGAUUUACGCAUAGGUUCUUUCGGAUGACACCACUGAGCGCUGCAUCCAGAAACAUCUAUAUCCGUAGUGUUAGUAUAGUGUUUAGUAAUAUAACGCAUUCAUUUUUUCAUGUUUGUUGUGUAGACCUCAUCUCUUCCACGGGCAUGGGUUCCAUAUAGCCAUGAAAAUAAAGCAGCACAAAUAGAUGACUUGAGGAGUAAAAUUGGAAGUAACAUCAACGCCAGUUCUCCUCCAGCCACACCAACACUGUCAGAACCAAUGAAAAAGAGAAUUCGAAGUGAUACUUCAGAGAACUUUACGGAUGGAGAUGAUGAUACACAGUCAGGUUAUGCUGAGACUAACAAAUCAGGUGUCAUGCAUCAUGGACAGUCAAUUAAUUCAAUUAUCUCAAUGGAAGAUGAUGAUUUUGCUUCUGAUGAUGAGAAGGUACAAGGCAGUGAAAUCGUUAUUAUUGUAACAGCUGUAUGCACCAGGCAUACUUCCUUUCUGUUUUAGAUAAACUAACAAGAGACACCUAAAAUUAAAGAAACAAGAAAUUAUAUGAUAAAGGUUGACAGCAUAUAUAGUCAGGUUUUUCUUGUCCUGAAUACAUGUACUGUAAGUGCCUCUAUGUGUUUGUGUUCUCUGUACUUUGAAAGUUUGGUUCAUUUCUAAUCUUACCUAAUAAACACCCAUAGCAAUUUUUUGUGGUAUGUUUUGAUCCACAGAUAGAUGACCAUGGUCCUUUUAAUAGUUUGGACAUGCUAAAGAAUAAACCAGGUAAUAAACUUAAGUUGAGUAAUAUUUAGCUGGUCUUGAGGUUUGAAAUACCGUAAUUUCUAUUCAUGAUAAGAUGGUGGAAACUAUUCAUCCUUGAUUUUGUAUUUAAUGUGUUUGUUUAUGUUUCAGCUCAUCUUGCUGUGUUUCUACAUUAUCUUAUAUCUAACAGUGAUCCAAGUAGUCUGGUAAGUGUUCUGUGGUCCUCAGUGUAAUACACAUAGGACCUGUAGCAUGCAGUUUAGCCAAACCUAGCCUUUAGGUACUGGCCAACAAAUAAUGGGGUGAAACUGAAAAAUAACUGCUUCAAUCAGUGAAGGAACAUAAAAAUAACAUAGGAAGUAUAGUAGAAGGUGUGGAUGAGCAAAGUUAUUUGAAGAUUAAAAUGGAUUGCAAUAAAUUAGGGUGUUUGAAACUUUUCAGCCCAGUAGUUUUUCAAGACUUAUUAUUGUUGUCUACUCUCACUCUCUUGGAAGACAUAGUUGGUCACAAAGCUGUGAUCCAUUCCGAAGAAAUUUCUUCAUGGCAAGUUGUCAUAGCAAGUGAUAUUGGCAAAACUUAAACGAAAUAGGCUAAACGUCUGUGACAUGUCAGUUCCUUUAUGAUUCAGUAUCUAAAGGACUAAAUUUAAUGCCCUGUGAAAUCUCUUGAGGGCCAGAUCUUAGUAGAGACGGUAUUUCCAUCAGCACAGGUUGUCAGCAACCAGGAGGUUAUCUGAUGCAGAAAUUGCAGUUCCUUCACUUGUCAGAGGACAAAAUACUUCAAUCUUUCAGACUUUUAAUGUUUUCUUGUAAAUACAUGUCGUGCUUAGAUUGAAAUGACUGCCAUUAUUGUCAAUAUUUUAUUCCUUACGAAAAGCAGAGUGAAGAUUUUUAAAUUUUUUGUGUGCGUAGCAUGCCCAAUACACAUAAGGAUCGUCAAGCAAAGCUUGAUCAUGCUUUGGUCAUAAAUAUCUCUUUCAAUUGAUUUGGGCAAAUGCAGUUGCCUAGCAACAAGGUAGCGUCUAAACAAAACCACCAGAACCUGACCCGGUUGUUUUAGUGACCAUUUAAGAGGUGAGGAAAUGCUUUUAACGAUAAAUUUUGAACUUAGAAGUACCUUUAGAGAAAAUAGAUGUGAUUUGGACUAUUAACUUCAAAAUAACAGCUAAAAUUGAGGAAAGAAAACACUGUUUUGACACCUACUUGGCAGACAAGUUGUAUCACCUCUGUUGGGCAUAAUUUUAUGUUCUUUCAAUAUGAUGAAAUGCAUUUAGCAGGCCUUCUCAUAGGGUUGGAUAAAAAAUCGGAAAUUAUGCCACAAUUUCGGGGCAGAUUGUACUAUAAGAUAGGACUAUUAUGUGAUAAAUUGUACGAUUUUUAAUGUUGUUUAACCCAUUUGCUCCUGGAGAUUUUGCCAAAAAACGCAUUUUGAAGCUAGUCAAGUGGUUUUGUGGUCACAGUCGUGCUAUAAAGAGCUAAAACUUACCACAAAACUGUUAACUGGUCAUACACUUCCCGGCCUUCUGAUCCAGAUGCAAACUGUUUGCUUGCGAAGUUCGGGCAUGCACGGAAAGCAAAAUUGUGAGAGUUUUUGGGUUUAAAAGUGACACAGCAGUCUUGACUUUUACUUUUUGCUUUCUCUCCUCCCCUCUUUUUCACUUUUCUUGCCUCAUUUUUUUUUCUCUUGCUGGGCAUUUAGUAGGCUUCAUUUUGGUGGGAAGAGUUUUUAGGAAAGCUUUUUUUAUCUUAGGAUUAGGUGAAAGGAAAGGUAGGUGGGCAAUGGAAGAAGAUUUUCAUGGAGACUAUCAGGUCAAUGUUACAUGGUUUUUGUCCUUUUUCUCCGGUGUCCUUGACUGAAUUGUGCUCAUUCUGGUAUGGUUUGAAAGAUCUGUUCACUCUGCACAAGUUAGCAGACAAAGUUGUCCUUGACCGUUAAAACUGAUGACAUCACAAGCGGUAGAAAGGACGUGGAUCCGCACGGGCGGCUUGGGGGCGAAUGGGUCAACAGGCAAUUGUAAUGUAAAAGAAUUAUAAUAAAACAUUUAUUUUAAAACAAAAUUGUUAAAUUAGUCCAGUUGUCCCGACUCGGAAAAGAAAACAAAUAGAAAGAAAGAAAAAGGACACUUGUUAAAUAUUACAUGAUGCAGUUACACUGCUGACCACACUGCUUAUCUCUGAAAUCAAAAUGACUGCCCAAAGGUACCACAAUCGAAGGUUUCAGAUGUCUUGCAAGGCUUUCUUUAGUGAUAAAUCACCUUAAAUAACAUUAAAUUGGGAAAAUGUUUAAUGAAAGUUGGAAUUUAUCGUUUACUUUACUUGAAUUUAACUUCUUUUAUUUUUACAAAUAAUGCGAUUUUCCUCUAAUAUUAUUGUGCGAUCAGAUGCGAUUUGAGGCCAAAUGUGAUUGCACCAUUGCACAAAAUCAGAAGCCCUGCUUGAAACAUUGUUUCAAUUUAUUGCGAAGAACCUUAAAUGAAAGCAAAUAUUUCAUUUUAGUUUUCUCAAAUUGGGCAAUUUUUUUUUAUACGAGUUUUGGGAUUUUUCACGAAUUCUGCAGAAAGUUGCGAUUUGAGGUCAAUAAUUAUUAUGCGAAGUCACAGAAUAUCAGAAGCAUUGGUUUAAAUGCGUUAGUUACUGUCAAUAGCCUUGAUAUUUUCCUGCAAUAUAUCUUUGAAUUUGUGUUUAAUAUGGCUCCAUCAGCUUUGAGCAGCGUUUGCCGGCAGAAGUGCUAUGGAAAAGGCUUUAAAUCAUGUAUGAUCAUCCUCAGUAGUGUAGUUGUAAGGACAGGUCGUACUGAACAGGAUAUAUGGUGUCUGAUUCCUCUUUGAAUACCCUUUUCUUUUUUCUUUCUUUUUUCUGGUGGUUUGUUUUGUUUUUAAGAAGAAAAAAAAGGUCUGUCUUUCUUCCUUCUUACCUACCUACUGGCCCUUAGCGCAGUUUUUUGAGGCUCUGCAAUUCACUUAUUUAUAGUAUUUUAUGUGUAGUGAGUCUUUCUUCAACUUCUUCAGUUUAACUCUUACAGGGCAUAACUUCAAGAGUCCCUGGGAUCUGGGUUUGUGUCUUGUAAAUUUCAUAUCCAUGUCCUUUCUCACCAGAUAGUUAAUAUUUUUUCUUGCAGUUUUUUUGGCUGGUUACAGAUUCCUACAGAGAAGGAACACCAAAGGAGAUGAAGAAAUGGUCCUAUGAGAUCUACUCGACAUUUCUUGCAGAGCGGGCAGUAUGUGUUACAGUCUUAAUUCAAGUUACUCUACCUCACAAAUAUUGCUGCCAAAAUAACCCAUGACUUCUACACAGCGAUAAUAAGAUACUUUUUUUAUUUCCAGUAUGAAUAUCAAUUUUGAAACAUCCUUUAUACUUCUGCGAGUCCAUGUAUAGUAGAUUUGCUGGUAUACCCUGUUGAAUCACUCCCUUUCUGAGGCUUUUAAUCAAUCAAGUUAAGUUAACAAACAACUGAAAAUUACUUUAAUUAUUUUAGGGACUUUUCACAUGUAUCUCUUUUUUAUUGAGAAUUUUUCUUUCUCCAUUUCCCAUAAAUUUGAAUUGUGAACCAUGUCAUUACCUGUCCAUUUUUGUUUGAGUAUAAUAAUAAUGUUAUUAUAUAUUUUUUGUUAAUUUAUGUCUGCAACAACCAGUAGCUGUGUAUACUGGAAAGAACAUACUCAUCCUCUCUGAAGGUCCUCAUUGCAUUUACCUGAUUAUCAUAAAUUUUAUUAUACCUGUCUCUCUCUCUUUUAUUAUCAGCCUCUGAAAGUUGACAUGGAUAAAGAGACCAUUGUACAGCCAAUUGGUAGGUAAAUACUAGUGUUCUAGUGGUGUAGCAUUAAUUUAACUAAAGUCUAAGAAACUGUUUAAGACUGCCGCUUAGAUAGGACUUUUGCAUUAGUUGAUCACAUGAUCAACUUUCUUUAAACACAAAAACAGUGUGCUUUUGAAAAAUUUUUUUAGUAUGAGCUGAAAGGGCAUAUUAAAAUUAGGUAACCUGUAAAUUUUCAGCUGUAUAUCUCAAAAGCAGCAAUUGCAAUGGCCGCCGAAAAUUAGAAGGAUUUGUAAAAACAACUUUUGCCACGCAGUCACGCUUGAAUGGUUUUCUAUACAAAUCCUUAUAAAUUUUGAAAUUUUCAAAUUAUUGUGAAGUGUUUCCUUAAGCAUUACAGGAAUCAAAUCUCCUAAUAUUCAUAAUGCCAGCUUGAACCCUUAAAUGCGUGAGGGAAAGAUUUAAUGACAGUUUAAAGAUUUCAGAAUUUACAUGGAAUUGCAUGGAAGACCACUCGAGCGUGACUGGGUGACAAAAGCUGCUUUUCUCAUACAAAUCCUUCUAAUUUUCAGUGGCUGUUGCAAUCACUACUUUUGAGAUAUACGGCUGAAAAUUUACAGGAUACCUAAAUUUAAAAAGCUCUUUUAACUCGUGCUAACAAAAUUUUUCGUAAGCGAACUGUUUUGGUGUUUACCAAAAGUUGCUCACAUGAUCAACUAAUGCAAAAGGCCUAUUAAAAGAGAUAAAACACAUUUUUGAUCAGCCUACAUCAUUGUCUUGUCACUUUAUUCUGACUGGUGAUUAUGGUUUUUUAGCAACAUCAGGCAGGUGAAAUUUACCAUGCUUAACUUGUUAAUAAAAGUAAUAUAGAAUGUUCUAUAAUGUGGAUUCCUUUUUUCAGAGAGCUACUUGGGUUCUGAAGAAAAUCUUAAGAACUUAUUUCAGCAAGCCAGGUACAAAUGAUUAUUAUCUUUUUACAUUAUUCCAAUAUCUCUGCUGGUACACAUAAUUUUGGAAUUAAUUUUGUGAGCUUCAUCAUCAGCUGCACCAUGGAUUAACUAGACUCAUUAGAUCAACUAUCCAAAACCAUUGUUUGAAGCUUCUAAAGCUAUUUUCUGAACUAGGUUUUCUAAAGUAGUUCCUUUUGAAGAUUUACAAUUAUUUGGUGAGGCUGAGUAAAAACAAGCUAAAACAUGGUUACCUUGAUCAAUGUUAAAUUCCUGACUUCAUAUGACUGUUCUUUAGCAAAUUCAGUCUUCAAAGGGAUGUUUAGUUAGCAAAUAUUCUUCAAAUAGCAGUUGUCAUCCAUUGAGUUGUAUUUUUGCUGUUUUUUUUUUGUAGUAGUUUGUUUACUUUGUUUUAAUUCCUUGCAAAACAUGUGAAAUUUUCUGCCAUUUUCUCCAGUUCUAUCAAAAAAGCGGAGCUAACAUAAUCUUGUCCACAGGGCCUCUCUUUUUGCUGUGCCUUUUUCUGUUGUUAUCUGGAACUAUUGAUGUCAUGUUACUAGAUAUCUCAGACAUCAUCCAAUUUUGGUCAAUGCCAGCUGGUUGUGAUGAACUAGCUAGGGAAUUUGAGGCAAUUAGAAAUAUUUUGAAUGAAGAAUAAUGGUCAAUUCAUUGGUCCUUUAUAUCAUAUCUAUUGAGGUUCUUAAUCUGCAGUUUCUAAUAGAUACAUUGGUUUUUACUGUUUUUUCCCCUGGCCAUAUUCAUUCUCGUAGGGCUGCUGCCGGAGACGAAAUAGGAGAACUAUUAGCAGAUUUUAGGAAUAAACGAGCUCUUGGUCUUGGUAGUUUGUUUGGCGAUCAUCAGCUUCAAGGUAUUAAUAAGAAGGAAAUUCCCGCUAAUAAUGUAACUGUUAACAUUGUAAGUACGUUGUCAAGAAAUAACAUGGUGAGAAGAUUUUGUAGUGCAAGAGUAGUAGUCACAGUUAUCUUAUCUUUGUUGAAAACCUUAUAUAACUGAGUGGAUGAUCUUUUCCCAUAGUAACUGUCUCAUAGAUUAUUGUCUGGUAGAGCAGAUAGUCAAGGGCUUCCACUUUUGGCAAAGCCAGCCCCUUGACAGAGUUAUGCCUGUGGCUGGUAAACCCAUUGAGCUCCCACACCAAUAGCACCAGGCACCUGUCACAGUGAUUUAUCAGGGUAAAAAUAAAAGGGGGAAAGGGAUGGAGGUAAAAGAAUGAUCCAAAGACUAAAUAAAGAGAGAGGCCGGCAGGAAACGCUGUACAAAGCGCAUGGAGAUGAUCCAAACCUGACUGUGCUUGAAAUACUGCUUGGACCAUUGCCCGACAAUACACACCUGCACCCCUAGUUGUUAACUACAUUAAAUUUAAUUUAACUUCCUAUGAACUUCUUGUUUUAACUGGUUGCAUGUCUAACAGAUGAUCACAUGGAUAAGGGAAAGGAACUGCAAGUAGUGGAACAGACCCUGAUGCCGCACUUGGAAAAUAUCAUGUAAGUUCAACUGCCAAAGUGCCUGAAAAAAGGAGUGUUGAUGACUUGAAUGUCAAAGCUAGUUGCCAGAAAGCAUCUUAUUCAUUAUCUUGUCAGUUUUAUUGUCAACUAAUGUUUUAUUCACAGGUCAAGGAAUAGGUACUGAAAUUUUCAAAAUUGGUUUCCAGCACUUGCAUACUUUUUGUCUUGAAACCUAUGUGGAGACAUCCAGCAGGGAAUUUCAAAACCGAUUUAGGGGUGCAAGCAAUGUAGCCCACAAUUGGCCUUGUAUGAGCAACUUGGCAGUUUACAGACCUUUGUGAAGUCAUAACACGAAGUGAAUUGAAAACAUGGCAUGAAUUCUCUUGUUAUAAGCAGAGUUUUUUUAAAACAAGCAUUUAAGAAGAAAAAUGAAAGAUUUAUAACAUGACUUUUUAGGGUCCUCAUGACUCCAUUAUAAAGUGAGAUGUGAAUAAUAUUACAAUUGAACAAAUGCAAGAGUUGAGAAAAAAUAAAUCACAUACUGGUUAAGUAAGCACUUUGGCCUGUAGGGAAUUGCAUUGCACAUGUAGUGAAGGCGUGAAGUUCUUAAUUAAAAGCAUAUCUUUUACACCUUCACUAAAUGCGCAAUCCGAAUCCUUGCGGGCCAAAGUGUCACUUUGUUCUUUAUAAUGAAGUGAGUUAUCUUAGUAACUAUUUUUUCUACAUCAUAACAUAGGAAAAUUGCUAUUGAAGUGUUUUCCUUUAGUGCAACUUUAAAUUGUAAGCUCCUAUAUGUUCCUUUGAUCUUUUAUCACUUUAUCAAAGGUCUCUUUUCCUUUGUUUUUUCCCCUUGUUAAGCAAAGAGUUCUACUGACUAUUUUGGCAACUAUGUUUUAUGUGACUAUAUUUUGUCAUCUGCUUCUGAAACUUAUUGUUUUUUUCUUUAGAGCCUUUUAUGAUGUUUUUAAUUUCUUUUCAGGGCCGAACUUGAUUCCAAUGCCACAGUUGAUGCUACUCAGACUGACAGAAAGUAAGAUUGGGUGGUAGUAAACAAAUAAAAAAUAGCAACCUAUCUUCUUUAUGUUUGCUUGGAUUAAAACUAGAAUUCUCUAGAUUCCCAAAAAGGUGUAGACAUGGAUUCUAGUUCACUUAGCUUGAGAUGACAGAAUACGUAAGCCUCUUACUUUCCAUUUUUCCAUGCAGUCAUACUGUUACAUUAAAUAACAUAGCCACGACAUUAUGACACGAUAAUUUUUUGGGGAGUGCUUCGGGCUCGUAAACUAAAAAGUUAGGAGCCCGAGCCGCAUUUCUAAGAGCCCAAUUAAAAAGAUUGGUAACUUUAUUAACCCUUUGGUGACAGCCCAUUAGUAGCGAAAAAAAACGCAUUUUUCACCAAUUCCUCUUCUUUGGACUAGUUUUUGGCUAAUUAGCAUAAGAGUGGCUAAAAAUGAAUUUUGCAAACACAAAAGGCAUAUUUUUCGACUAAUCUGAUGUAAUUAAACAGCUUGUUUGUUUUUCACACAUGCGCAAAAGCCAAGAUUUGGGCCUUCUAUUUCGAUCUUUCUCUCUUGCUCUCUUUUUUCCUUUGCCUUUCUUGUUUUUGUUGCCCACUUUAUCGUCAUUCUUUUGCAUGGAAUUGUAGCUGGCUAACUUUUUAGGAAAGGGGCAAAUUUAAUCUUCAAAGAGUAGUAUGUAAACAGCGAAAUUGGCAGUGGAUUUUUUCCCAGAAUGUUACCUUUUUUGUGAGUGUAACUCUGACAGGAUUGGUCAGAAUAUCUAAAACGAGAUAUCUCUGGAAAGAUCUAUCUUUAAAGAAGUUGUCGUUAAUCAAUUUGUAUCCUGUGAGCAGAGACCCUUUGAUCUUCCUAGAUAAGUUAAGGAGCUUUGCGUGAUGAGGCAAAACUGAGUGUACCGUUCAUGUUCGUAGCAAGAUACAAAAUGCCUGAAACUUGCAAAAGUUAGUAGCCGUCACGUGUGAUUUGAAACCAGCUUGCUUUACCACGGAUCGUGACUUUUUAUCAGUUUUUACUUCAGGCAGUAGUGACGUAUGUUUCUAACCCUGAAGGAAAAGUCAUGAUUUUAUUAUCGAAGCUUUUUCAAAGACUAUUAAAUUCAUGUGAUGCCAUUUUCAGAUGAGCAUUUUAAAAUGCUCUGCAGCGGAAGUCACAGAAGCGAAUUUCAAGACAUAAUGCUGUUUGUUUACCUUUUAUCGGUGGAAAUAUUUUUUGCUUAUGGCUGACGAUUAAACGUUUUCCAUCAUCGUUUCAAAAGUGUGGAAUGAGCAGGCAAUUUUGUUGUUUGUUCACUGGAAGUUAGCCUGAGAAUCAUAAGUUUUAGGCGCCCACUAAGGUUCCCUGUUUGAAAUUUUGGUUGCGUGAGGGUAAGUCAUAGGUGCCUCUGGUACCUGGUGCCCGUUAGGCAGCAGCCUUGAAAAUAUAAUGUGCCAUGUUGUCAGCAAUGUUUCCUUCUUUAUUUUGCAGCACUGCAAUGGCAUCUGCCCUAACUACAUUUUUAAAGCAAGUUGGACUCACUCUUAAGGUCAGUCAGAAUUAUCAUUUAGCUUCUCACCUUACAACAGUAAGGUUAUUAUUUUUUUGCUCACCAUUGUCUGGGAAGAGAUGGUGUGUAAAAAGGACACUAUUGGGUCAUAGGUGUGUUGCAUCAAACAAGCAUGGGGCAACAACUGUGAUUGUGAAGGACAUUAUUUUUAAUAUUGAACAAAAGAAAACAAUUGUUGUUUGAACUAAAGCGACUCAGUGUUAUUACAACAUACCAAUUUUUGUUUUUCCUCUGAAUAACAGUAAUAAUAUUGGAAUGAAGAUAAUGUGAACUGUGGAAUUUAAAUGAAGAUUGUUGCAGUGGUAAUUGCAAUUUAAGCAAUAACAUUGCAAAUUAAUUCAGAAAAAAAAAUUGGAGGACUUCAACGGGAUUCGAACCCAUGGCCUCUGCAUUAGUGUUGAAAUCCCCCCAUUUUUUUUUUUCCGGGUUAAUUUGCAAUUGGUUAAAUUGCAAUUACCACUGCAACGAUUAUAUCUUCCCUUAAAUUAAUAAUAGAAUUGGUGAUUGACAUUUUAUAUAUUUUUUGCAUGUGUUUCUUUUUCCAGCAACAGGGAAACAAUACAAAUAUCCUAGAGCGAUAUUCAAGUUUCACAAGAAAAGAACAGAGACCUGCACUGUUUAAAAUUAAAGCAAGCAAAAAGGUACCUGAUGUCUGUGGUAGUGAUGAGAUGCAAAGAAACAAAAAAAGACAGUGUUUAGGAAAACUAUAUACUAGAAAAAUAAUGAUCUGGGCAGGGUUUCUUGUUAACUGCAGUAUGUUCUUCAAUCUGAUGUUGUAAGACAAUUGCAGGAAAUUGUUUGUUUUUUAUAGAUAAAAGGACACCAUUUUGUCAGUACACACUACACAAGUCUAACCUUCUGCAACCACUGUAAUGGCCUAUUGUGGGGCAUUGGAGACCAAGGCUUCCAGUGCUCAAGUAUGUUUGGUUAUUUUUCAGAACUUCAGUGAAAAUAAUACCAGGGAGGUUGUUUUAGUCAGUUGAGUUUUAUGCUUGUGAAGAAGACAGGUCUGUCAAUGAGGGCCAGUAGCCGGCCAAAACUGCUGGGUAGUUAGCCAUCCUUAGCUGGCUGCUUUCAUUUCCUUCUACUAUAACUGCUGACCAAAAAUAGGGAUCUUCGAAUAAAAUUGUAAAGCAUAUGUUUCCCAGUUUUGAAUGACAUUGAACGCAUAUUUUAAAAGGGUUUCGAUCUGUGAAACAUUCAAACUGUGUGAUGUUGUGGAAUGCUUGGGACAUUUCGACAGCGUUGUUCCCAGUCGUGCAUGUAUACAUGGCAUCCAUAGUGGAAAAUACAUCUUGAAAACCCCUGGAAACGCCAUUUCCAAGACUCUGAGUUUCAAAAUAUCCCUAGGUGCCUCAGCCCACAAGCUGCCUACCAUUCAUUAUCAGCCUGGUACUUAAAAACUUUUUGACUGCACUGGAAGAUUAGACCUAAUUUUAUGCAGUUGUCAAAUACAAAGAGAGGCAUGGAUGGAUUGAACUUGAAGAAGAUUGAAGCAGAUUGCGAUUGUGGUUUUUGAAAACUUUUAGCCUUGCAAGUCUUCGAAGUUCGUUUUUGUUGUUUGUAAUGUUUGAUAUAAUGCUUGAGGGCCAUAUUUGUUGGACACAAAGCUCUGAUUUCGCAAGUUCAAGAGCGAAUAAGGACACAUAUUUGGCAUUUUUUUGCAAAAUGAACUAGACAGCCGAGACUCAGCCCCUUUAAUUUCAUGUCAUUUUACUAUCCUCUUCCUGGCAUUACGUUUAACAGUAAUAUUAUGGAUUGCUGUGCUAUGAUAAUUUCUGUUGUGGCACUACAGGCACUAAAAAGAGAUGUAGGCUGUAGAUUAUAAAGCUGUGCUAUCUUAGAAGCAUUUCAAUAAUAAUUUAUUAUUAUGAUGUAGCAUAACGUAAAGCCAUACUAGUUGUGAAAUGAAAAUGCAAGUUGUUAUGGGACCAACACUAAAAAGGAGUUAUUUCAAACCUGAAAAUCUAUUUGCUCAUGUUGUGAAAAAAAAUCAUUUUAUCAGGGUUGUCACUAAAAUUUCAAGUUGCUGGGUAAACACAACAAGUAGGCGGGGAAUCAAAUGGCUAGGGAUUUCUUUUGGUUCUAUUUUUGUUCUAUUUUGCAAUAAAAGUAGCCGGGGGCCACUCUCUUAGUAGUUGGGGAAAAUCCCCGGCCCUCGGCUCUUAAUGACAACCCUGUUGUAUCAUGAUUAUAAUAGCAGUAUCAUCCGAAGCUACAGCCGUAGUUUAUUAAAAUGGUCUUUUUACCAUAACAAAAACAGAGUUCCUAUUUUCACUUCUGUUGCGAGUUUGGGAUAAGUACCAUAAAAUUAGUAGCUCAAUUUAUGAACCAUGCAUAAUCGGUUUGCUUUAAAUUUUGUUAACCUUGCUAUGGCAAUAUUGAUUCCUAAAUAAUGCUGUGCAUACCAUCAGAGCAUCAGAGAAAUCCCGUUGUUACCCUUACAGCUUAUCAGGGCUAAGUUAAUUUUUUUUUUUGGUUAGCUUGUGAGUAUAAUGUGCAUAAAGGAAACUGCUUUGAGGCAAUUGAGGAAUGCCCUGGACCUAAAAAGAAAAGGGUAAGUAAGCAAACUGUUAAUCAGCAGGUAUAUAGGACCAUUUGCCUAUAAGGGUGAAAUAAUAAACAGGAUAUUAUUGUUAAUAUGAUUACCAGUCAGUUCUUUCCCAAGCUCUAAUCUAGUGAGUCUGGAUUGAUCCUUAUGUUUUUGUUUACUAUCUGGUUAGCUUUUUAUACUGUGUAAAGGAUUGAUAGUGCCACAUUGGUUCUUUGUGUUUUUGUAUAUUUUGUAGUUUGCAUUCUAGGGUUUUUUAAUUAACAGACUUUUUUUGACAUGUUCUUAUAAUAUAGCGUUUCCAGUUCUGUAAAUAACUACAAACACACAAGUGAUUUUCAACAAAUUGUAACGGUUUUGCUAGGUUACGUCACAGGCUAAGUUAAGUAAUGUGGUCACAAAAACUUAUUUUAAAGCAGGCACUUACUAUUGAAUAUCAGCGUACAAAUUCUUUUUAUGUACAACUUGCAAUUUACCUGUAAAAUAUAGACGGUGAAAAUUUUCUUUAAAAGAAUUGAAAGGCUCUUACACUUGUUGUAUGUUUGUUUUAGAAACCAGCUGUCAGGUCACCGUCAGUUGUAAAUAAUAAUCGGAAAAUUAGUCAGCCAUUUGGGGAAAAAUGUGAGUGAAACAGAGUGUCCGUUAAUAUAGUAGACAAUAUUUGUUGUUAAGGUGUCUAAAUGUGUUUAUCUUCCAAAAACGCAGUGGCAGUAAUGGAACAUUUUGUAUUGUUUUGGUGCAGUUUUUGUUGUUAACCUUAUCAACCUCAUAGUUAAACUAAACUGCAUCAGGAUUGAAAAGAUGCCCCGAAUUCUAGAAUUCUAAUUUAAACUUUACUAUGAAUGGUUGUAAUUGUGUAUAUUGAGUUUUUUGACUGUUUCUAUUUUUAACAAACUUGCUGAACUUUGUGUCAUUUUUGUCUGUGGAGGGUGGGUUUAAUGUUGACAUGAUUUGUUUAUUAUUGCCUUUUUAGAUUUGGUGAAAAAUCAUGACAGUCAAGAUGAUGAUGACCCUGAAAAUGGCCCUGGAGGUAAGAUGUGUUCACAGAUCCACCCCCCCUCCCAGGUUAUCUCAUUCAUUUAAAAGACAGCUGAAAAUCAGACAGUAAAAUAUCUUAUGAAGAGGCUGUGUUAACUUGGAAAGAGAUGGCAAACCUCCAUAUAUUACUGAAUCCAGUUGUCUUGUCCUUCUUGAGUUUGGUUGGGCUGUGCAGAGGGCAUCAUUAAGUUGGUUGUCAAGUGCUUCUUGAUAUAAUAUUAUUUUCUAGUAUUUUGGUUAAACUCAUUACAAAUACAUGUGCUGGAGAACUGGUACCUUAAAGGUUAGUGGAGUGCCAGAUGCCAUAGGUGGCAGGGAAGUAUCCAUGGCAACCCUGGAACGCAGGAACCACCCAAAUGAGCGCCUGCUAACCGGCACAGUCACACUGAAAUAAUUCAGUGGAAAUAACUUCCCUGAAAGGAUACUUACCCUGGCAACCAAACAAAACAGUGGGAGGGAGGAGAGGGUGCAAGAAUCCGCAAUGAUUCGCAAGCGAUAGCUGAGCUUUUGAUCUGCAAAAAUCAGCUGAUAACACUGUAUUUGUAAAGCAAUGAACCUUGAAACCCCUCAAAACCCCUGGAGGCCACCCCACAGGUCAUGUAUUGCUGAUGGGAAAGACCCCUGGCUGUGAUUGCUCGAGUUUAACUUUGCCUAAAUGAUAUUUAGCCACAUUAGAUGUAAUAAUUAUCUUAGUGGUAUUCCCUUUUACAUUUUCAGUUGAUUAUAAAACAAAAAGUGGUUCUCUUGAUGACGACUUGGUAAGUAAUCCAUUACCGUUGCAUAAGCAGAUUAUUGUAUUAAUGGCAGUUUUCAGUGUCACAUACUCUACUUGGUAAAAUACUCAGACGUGCCUUUCCCAAGUACAGUUUCUUGUUAAAUAUUUUAAAGCCUUUUUUAAUUUGCACACAUGACAUUGGAUGUCACAUAUCAAACAGGAAUCACAGGAAGCAGGGCCUGGUCACUAAGAGGCCGACUGGUACAGCGGGCCAGGUGACAUUUUCGGAAACUUGAUUAUACUUAAAUCAUACAUUGAAGGGAGCUAUGUUCUAACUCUAUCACAUGUACAUUUGAAUCAUCUUGAACAUUUCUUUCUUGAUCUGAAUAAAGCGAGUUCGUACUAAUCAUCACGUUUUGUUUGACAGAUUUCAGGUGGAAGGGAGAACAGGUAAAAGCAACCAUUGUCACUUACACUUAAAAUUGAGUUAAGAGCAGGGUACAGUCCGUUUUCUCUAAUCUUGGUAAAAAGCCUGCAGAUGUCUCCAAUUUCCUUCCUUUCGUUUUCAAACAAAGGAAAUAGUAGACACAUCUGCAUUCAGGUAUUGUAAACAAAGAAUAAGAGUUGUCAUAGAAAGUAACCCUCAAUCUUGUGCUACCUGUCCUUUGAACAACUCACCCCAAUGCUCCAUGCUAGAAUGAUGCUGUGUUCACCAUGGUGAGUGAGAAAAUUAUUAACAUGUAUAUUGAAAACAAGAAUUUCCAUUGUCAUUCGUGUGUUUGUUCCAGAUGUGGGCAAAAAAGUAACUCCAGGCCCUAGUUCAAACGUUGAACAGUAAUAUCCACUGAAUAUAUCACUCAGUAGACAGUGGAUAGUGGAUAGCUUUAUCCACAUUUUGAACAACCAGAAUCAGAUGUCUAAUUUGCUUUGCUGGUCUUUUUUGUUGUUACCUUAGAAUAAUGGGUGAUGACCAGUCUAGAACAGACAGGUAAUAUGAUUUACCAUGUUUUUAAUGCUGCAACUAUCUUUUGUAAUUAAUUGUCUUCUUGGAAAACAUAAUGUAGAACCCAAAGAAACUGAUUGGGAAAUUUAAAUAUUUUCUUACCCAUAACAAGGGUAGCCUGUUUUCCCCCUUCCCUCAGUAUGCAGGCUAUAUCAAGGGUGGAUCUAGGAACAUUAUUUGUUAAAGGGGAUCCAAACUUGCUUUAAGCUUGAAAUUGUAUUACCAUCAUACAAGUCGCCACCCUUCAUUUAACAUGCUUUCUAAUAAACUUCAUUUAAGACAAUUUUAUACAAGCCUUGAUUAAGUAACAUCGCAGAAUUUUAUGAGUAACAUAAAAAAUUAUGUACAGCUCCAAAUGAAUGAAUUUGUGAUCCUUCUGUGGUGCCAAGUUAAGGUUUAAAGUGCUUUGUUAAUUGCUAGAACCUUUUUUUUUGCUGGGUGAGGUGUUUUGCUUCAAAUCCCAGACCCUCCCCAUAUAUCUAUUAUGUUUUAAUAAUGACACAGAUGAGAGAAACGUGCUUUAAAAAUGCUCUGUAAUACCAAUGAUAGCAUUUUAUUCUGAGCAAAUAGAUCUGGCCCUGGUUGUUCAAAAGUUGGAUAGCGCUAAAUCACUAUCCAGCGGAUAGCGUAAUUGAUUUCCCUAAUACUUAUCCGCUGGAUAGUGAUUUAUCCGCUGGAUAGUGCUAUCCAACGUUUGAACAACCGGGGCCUGGGCAAUAAUCUUUAAAACACAAAGUCACAUGCAAAAAUCAAGCAAAUUUAAGCCUAAGAGAAACAGUGGCUUUUUUAACGUAAGCUCUUUACAGUAUUAGUACAGUGUUAUUGCUGAAGUAGUAAGUAUAUUCUUAUUUUUCGCCCAUUAAACAGUUGUAAUUUUUUCUUGUUGCAGGGACGGAUAUUUAGGACCUGAAGUAAGUUUCAUUACCCUGGGUACCAGAGGUUUUUCUCGCGUGCGGCGGGAAUUUCGGUGUUGGCCGAAGGCCGACACGUCUUCGGCCGUAGGCCGAAGCCACGAGCGGCGAAGCCGCGAGAAAAACGGGUCACUAUAAAGACUUGACAGAAACCGGAAACCGCGCUAGAAAAGUCUCUGGCACCCAGGGUAAAGUUUCAUCAGCUAUUAAACAAAAUGAAUUACUUACUUUCUUCCCUACAGUUAAUUUAUCUUUAAGUUUCAUCUAUCAAUCAUGCCGUCUCUUUGUAAAGAGGGAUUCUGAUUGAGGUUUUCUCUUUUCCUUGCAGGAAGGGAUGUCAAGACUUAAAAGGUCAGAAUCUUUAAUGCAACUUACUGACUCACGAAACACGUUUUCUAAAACUCUGUGACUCUGUAAUCCAAGCUCAAUUUUUCUUUGAAAAGUUAUUCUUUUGAGAAUGGAAAGUUUUAUGAAAAAUAAAAUUUCCCAACAUUACCCACUGAUUGGGUGAGCCUUUGCCAACUUAUUAACUAUGGUGUUCCCUGACUGCACAGCUAGGUUUCGUCCGGGAGGACAGGGUAUUCCCUCUUAUGGCCUUUGCGGGGAGGCUCAGCGCGAAAGGGGUACCUUUUUCACAAUUAAGGUAUAUAAAACGGUAGGGAUUUCACUAGUUGAAGUAUAUGAAAGGGUAGGGAAAUCUGUUAUUUCGGUCUGUAAAAGCGGCCAAAAGGGUUACCGGAUAUAUUUUAUGGCUGUGAAAAAGUCGCAAAAACGUUCUGGUUUUGUGAUUUAUUCAUAUUUUUGAAGACAGUGCAUUAACAGCAGUUGAAAGCGUUGCAAAGUUCUUAAUUAGGUAUGUGAAAGGAGUACCAUUUGUCAAUAGAAGGUAUAUCAGAGGGGUACCUUUUCGGUCAAAAAUAGUUUAUAAAAGGGUAAUGGGUUUGACCUCGGGUCAGAGCCUCCCCGUAAAAAACUUUUUUGAAUACUUCCUCCAGGUUCCGUGGUAUAUUUUUUUGACAAGCUUUUGAACAUGAAUAUGAAAGGACUCUUCUUCACUUGCAGAUAUGAAAAGCUCUUGACACAAACCAUAAACUUUCGAACACCUUUUCUCGGACAAUUCAUUGAUUAGACUAUCGACAGAUUCUUGUGAGAGGACCAAAGAAGCUGGCUGACCUGGAACUAAAACAAGUCGUAUACUAAAUUGAAGAAAUGUUAUUUUCUGAUCCAUACAUAAAGAUUUUCAUAUCCCAUGAGCGACCACAUAUCCAAAAGAAAAUAAUUUUUCAUCCCAAUCAAUCCCUAUAGCUGGAACCCUCAAAUGUUGGCAAUUAAGGCUGUUUCUUAUCACUGUUUGAGCAUCUAGGUUUUACUUGGUGGCCCGUGCACAGAGCAGCGUGCCUUUUAUGUACCAAAGUAAGAGAGAAAGGCAGAGAAUAGUCCAAAAUUCUCCUUGUUAGCACCCUAUCCCUCAUAAGAAACCUUUGUAUUAAUUAUUUGGUUUCUAUUUUGUUGCUUUAGCACUAGCGAACUCUACCUUGAGAAACCCCAAUUACCAAAACAAGUUGGAAGAUCCGAGAGCAUGAAAAUUACUGUAAGUAAUAUAUGCCAGAUACCAGUGGAACCUAUGUAAUUAGAUUGGUCAUGUUUGUAUGUUCAGUUUGACAAAUACUGGUAGGUGUCUGCCAUGACUGCUUGCCUCGUGGUUCUGUGUGUGUGUCUUAAGCUAUAGCUGGCAACACAUUCCAUUGUUUGCUACCAUUAGGGACUUGUCAGUGUUCUACAAUAUUGUUGUAACUGUUAGUGUUUCCCAGGUCGGUAUUUUAAUUCGAAAAAUUAACAAUCAUUGGAUGAGGUUGAACUUGAUAGACAGAAUUAUCAAGGCUGAGGCAAAUAACACAAACUGAAACCUUGGCAAUACCUGAUAUUAUGCGAAAACCUAAUAGAAUUAUUUUUAUUAUGAACACACAUAAGCUUAUGUUAAAAGACGAACUAAACACCAAGUGCUCCAUCGUCUUUCUUACAACGUUUGAAAGUUUUCACCUGUGUCAACUUUAGUUCGCUCUAAAAGUUUCCUGACCAAUCUCACUCACGACGAAAAUUAAAUGCGAAAGCCCUCUAGUUUUGUAGAAUUCUCUUUGAAAGACCUUUUAAAUGGCGAAAAAUGUUCCUCCAACCUUUUGGCAGCCUGUAAAGUGGCGUCGUACAAAAACUAUGAUUAUCAGCAAAAUUUCGUCACUUUGGAAUGUUUAAAAUUUGUUCAUCUGUAAGAACGACUUAUUGAAACCUAUUGCCAGAUGGAAUUAGUGAGUUUAGGCAACAAGAUGGCAGAAAGAACAGGACGGCAAAACUCUUGUGUGUGACAAACGUGACAGGCCUAUUACUUAUGUGUUUUUCGUGAUCUUCACUUAAGUUAAUGUUUUCUGGUGUUUUUCAAAAAGACCUGUUUAAAGGAGGGUGCAGUUCGGCGGAAGAGUUUUCCAAACAAAAUUAUUGUCACGCUUGUCACACAAGGUUCACCGUCUUCUUUUCUCUCCCGUCCUGUUGCGUAAGGUCACCAUUAACAGUGCACUUUUAGCAAAUCAGAAUUAAGAUAGGAACAAAGUUACAGUCAACUGUCUCUUAAUGGACACCAAUAUCAGAAGGACACCUGGAGUUGGUUCCUGCAGCAUUUCUUUACUCCUUUUAGUUGACUCUCUAUAAGAGGGGCAUCUCUCUAAAAAGGACACUUAGUGCCGAUCCUAAAGGAGAGAGUUGACUGUACACAAUAAUGAUUGUUGUUGUUUUGGGACUCUAUGCAGAGGGACAUUACGUCACAACUUGCGCCACUUAAAAGAAUAAGACGAUCAGUGGCGGGAACAAUGGAGUCUGUGUAAGUGUCACUGAAUUUUAACCUUUGCAGUAACAGUAAUAUAAGUCAAAGUUUAAUUUUCAAGUUUUCAUCCAUUAUUGCUUGAUGCAUAUAGUACAGAUAAUGUCGAUUUUAGGGUGUCUUAACAAUGAGGUGCUCCUGGACUGCCAGUAAGUUAGUCUCUCUUUCUAUGAGGUUUUACAUAAUUUCACAGAAAAAUCAAAACCUGAACUGUUAACACCCAACACACAUUUUCCUGGCGAGUUGCCUCCCUACCUGCUAUUUUUUUAAAGAAAUGAAGACAGCCCUGGGUACAUAACCGUCUUAGAAAUGUUAAACUGUGUCACUGCAUUAAACAUCAGGAAAACUUGUUUGUAACAUAGAUGCCACCAUUAGUUAUAGUAGUGAUUCAAUUGCUAUGAUCCACAGCCAUUUGCUGAUUAGAGGUAAAAGACAAUGCUUUCCUUUGCUGCUGCUUUAAAAUUACAUGCGGUAUAGCUUUUGUGAAAACUAAUCUGGGAAUUUUUGCUUUCCAAAUAUUUAUAGGAAUCCAAAUACUUGCAAAACUUUUGAAAUUGAAGGGAAUUAUUUGAAUCAUUUGUUUGUUUGACUUCAGCUUUCUUCACUGAGUCACCCAUGUUGCAAAAAUUUUACAGUUAUUUUUUAAAAACUAAAAUAUUAGAAAGAGUUACCCAGAGUCUGCUUCAAGUACUUCUGAAGGCGAUCUCUAAUCAUUUGAAAGACAUAAUACUCAUGAACAACGUCAUGAUGACCUUUUGGAAGCGUCCGGCGGGUAAUAUGUUGAAAAUUUUAGUCUCUUGAAGGGACGUCAAGCAUCAAGAAACAAAGGGGAAGAGAGAAUUGAAUUUUGGAGCAUAUAAAAUAUGUAAAGAUAUAAACACAUCUGGUAGUAAAAUAUCACGUUAUGUUUACUUUAAGCCUAAUGUGUUGUUAAUUAUUUCUUUAGAGGCAUAGAUUCCCCUGUAAUGGAUCCUUUGUCUGAGGACGGUAAGUCACAUUUGUGUCUUUGUUUGCUAAAUCUUCUAUUCUGUACAUAAUCCUUUAUACCAGUUCUCCGUGAUUAAAAAAACACAUUUCGUCUUUGGAUAGUGGCUUAUAAAAUGGCCAACAAUGAAGAGGUUUUGCUGAUCUACUGAACAGGAUUUAACUAUCAUUUUCAUUGGUUUGAUAUUUUUAUAGUUAUGAAACAGCUUAUCCAAGCUUUGUUUUAUUGUUUCCUAAAUGGGUGAAACAAGAAUUCCAGAAAAACUUUUUAGACAAGUCGUUUCCUGUGUGUGUUGUGGCAGAACUUGUUAAUGUUUAUGUCGUGUAUUAGUUUGUUUUUAUUUCCCUUCCAUAACCUUACCGUAAAUUCCCAGUGGUUAUCAUCAUGAAAACAUUCAUGUAAACGUUCAUUCUCACAUAAUGACAGUGAUAACUGUAAUUACACAAUAAAAUCAUCAACAAAUUCACUAAUGAUACUAAAGCAAAACUAACAUUAAAAAGCUAUAAUCUAAUUUUACUGCGCUCUCUUAAAUGAGAUAUUAUUUUAACUGAUGUUGUGAGUAACGUCGUAUAUAAUCUGGUUGUCGCUGCGAACACUUAUAAAGUGAGUAGACCAUCGUAUUUAAUUUUGUUUUUUUUUACUCUUGUAAUCUUGCUAAUAACGUAGAGGUAGUUUACGUUCGACUUUUUUCAUGUACAAAUAUUUUUACUAUUUUUCUCUACAUUAGCCCCAAUGACAGGACCUUUAAUUGUGCCAAUCAUCAUCGUAAUAAUCGUUUCUAACAAGAAGUAACUUUUAGUCUUAUCACCCACGUGAAAAGCAGCGAGCUGUAAUUUAUCAAGCAUUCAUUUAAGUCUGAAAAAUUCACCAUUCAUCAUUUUUAUCAAACAAAAAUGCUUAACCAUAGUGUCAUUUAAUCAUGCAAAAGCCUUGCUAAUUUCUACGUUAUGUGGCAGCUAUAAAAUUCGUGGCUUUUUUAUAUGUUUAUUGAAUAUUUCGUUUUACCUUAAACUUCAACUAAUCAUAACGAAUAGCCUUCCGCAUCAUAACAGUCAUUUUUACGUUCAUACCGUGUUCAUGAAACUGUUGAUGUUUUAAUUUUCUUACAUGUAGCGGUUCAGGUGUUAUGAUAAUUAGUUGCAUUUAAAAGUAAACACAUAAAUUUUCGAGGUAAGUCUUUAAUUUGAAGUUAAAUUAAGACUUAGAAAAGAAAACAAAUGGUAAUAAAUGGUUUUCUGUGUCGUUUGAAGCGUGUUUUCUAGCAAGCAAAUUGAUGAGUAUCCAGCUACUGUAUGUUGAAAAAAAUUUUGCUGCUAUUUUGUACAUCUGUCUUCUUUUUAUAGAUAGUUGUUUCUUCUUUGCAGUUUUAAUUGUUAAUCCUAACUUUCCUACGGCUAUAAAUAAUAAAAAAGUAUUUAAACGUAGACUUGGAUUCGUAUGAAGUUAACGUUUAAAUGAAUAAUGUAAGUGACCAAUAUUAUGUUUCAAAUUGACUAUUGACCUGCAAUAACUUAACAUAAGCUGUCAUCAUUAACAUUACCAUGCGUUUAUGUUUGUUGUGUCUCACAAGUUGUUUUUCUCCCAGGGAGACGUGGGCGCUCACGAUCUCCUUCUUUUCUGCCACCAGAAGAAGAACCAGUAAGUCUACUAUGAUAAUUUUUUAAAAAACCUAACAAAGAACUCUGGGCCGAGUUGUUCAAAGCCGGGUUAAGAUAACCCAGGGUUAGUGCGAGAUUUGAUUUCAGAUUUGAAAGCAUAAAAAGCAUUUCAGUUUUGGUUCUUUUUGUCUACAAGUUGAUGAUUGGAAGCUCUAAAAAUAACAGAGAAAAUUAUCCGACAAAAUGCUUUUGAACACAAGAAAAAGAAACCAGGGUUAAAUUUGACCCCGGGUUAAGCGCUAAUCGGCCUUCGAACAACUGGGCCCUGAUCUUCCUGGAUCACCGUUAUACAACAGAAAAUAGUUUGGUUAGUAGAUUGUGAAGAUAGGCAGUGGAUGGUUAAGGAUUCUAAAUAAACUAGGGAUUGCAAGCAACCUUUACAUCAAAGUCACGUGAUAAAUCAGUUCCACUUUUAAAUAUAAUGUAAGUUUGUAUACGUUAAUUCGCCGUCUUAUUGAGGGUAUGAGACGAGAGUUCAUUGGAGUGUCGUUUCGUUGAAUUUACCAAAAUGUGGAACGCACGUGUAGCCUAUCGAUUCUUUAGUUUUGUGCCGUUCUCACAGUUCUCACUGGUUAUGUAUAUUUAUGAGCUAUUUUUUGUAACUAGUCUCAUAGGGGUGUAUUUCUUACCCAAGAUAGUUUUGUGAACAUGUACAUACAGUGUACGUAAUCUAUCCCCUCCCUAUCUUCAUUCUUGCAAAAAGUCUGAGAUGUACCCUUAAGAAGACCAACUAACAGUGUUUGCUAAAGUUUAUGCUAGAUGUCAAAAUUCUUUGUAUUCUUGUAUCAUUGGAGGUCAACGUAAAAGAACACUACUGCUAGUUGCGGAAGUUAAAAAGCUGGUCCUAUAUACACGUUGUAUGAUGAAUUUGUCCGAGAAACGAUCGCUUGAUUGGCUGAUUUAGCAUCAGUGCAAAUCACAAAUCACAACAACAGAUUGCGUCUUAGUAUGUGUGUCCGAUCUCUAUCGACAGUGGAUGCAAUAGGGGAAUUAGGAGCAGAAAAAAAGUUCUUCUGGCGAUAGUCUUCUUUUGCAGUUUUAUUUUCAGUGAUUGUGAAUUGUUUGAUUGAAAUUGAUUGUGAAAUGUUUAGUUAAAAAUUUGAAGAAACAAACAAACAAACAAACAAAAACAAAGUUGACCCAAUUUGUCCAGCGCCGGAAGAGUAAAUCUACAGUGUUAACAAUAAUUGUUAUGAUUUUGAUUUGCUAGGAUCCAGACAUGGAGGUUGAUGCCCAACCCAUACCUUGGCACCAAGUUGUAGAUAAAAAGGUAUUUAGCAAACAGUUGUGUAUGAAUUAUGCGGUUUGAAUGGGUAGUUGUUUCUUUGGUGUAAACCAUGGUAGGUGUUGGUGAUAGAAAUGGACGUUGAAUUCCGUUGGACGAUCGAUUAUUUAAACAGGUUUUCUCAUUGUCAAAAAACAAGUAAAAAAUAACGCAGAUAAAAUCCGUCGAACGUCGUUUCGGUGUCAUCGUGACGCCAUUUUCAAUUUCGCAGACUGUCAGAAAUAAUUUUUGGAUAGAACAACUUCCUCACAAUGUUGGGACCAAUAGUGCAUGGUGGGAAGGAUACAACCCAUAACCAUGUGCGCUUGCCCCAAACAAUGUCGGAAGAGCUGUGCAAACGGAUCCAACAAUCUUGCGCUAUGCUUUGGGGAUGCCUGUUCUCCUUUCGUAAAGUAAACGGUCGUUGCCUUUUCUAAUGGACGAUGUCCUCAUUGGCAACCAAGCCUUUAGUCAUGAUAGAUGUUAUAUAUUCCCUGAAUUAAGGUGACUCGACCCAGUUUUUUUUUGGGGGGGUACCAUCCUACUUUGAGGCUCUCUGGUAUCCCCACCUUUACUUUUAUCGUAAGUCUAACACAUAAAAUGGAUAACAUAUAGAUCAAUCUACAAUAUAACAUAAAAUUUUUGGCGAUCGGAGUAAAUGUCAGGUGACUAUAAUGCCACGCCCCUUUGAGGUCUGAGUCGAAAAUCUGCUGUUGCCGGCAUUUUUUCGUGAAAAUCUCUCGGCUACACAUAGUGCGCAUUAGUGCCUUGCGCUGAACAGAGUUUCACCAAAAUCGCAAAGACCCAAUUCGAGAAAUUCAGCGGUUUCCAAAUUCCAAAUUCCAAAUUUAGGUCAUAAUUUAUGCGAAAACGAUAAGCAAACUUCAUAUGGAUUAUAUCUAAUAAACUAUGAGAUUCAUCUCUUUAUUUUGGGCAUCGUUAUGACAGAUGGGUCCUUACAAGUCAGCAAAACGCUUUAGGGCCUUGUAAAUGCGCGCGAUUUCGAGCAAAGCAAACAUAUAGAAAUUAUAGUUUUCGCUAUUUGUUGACGUUUGUCAGCGUUUAAGAGUCCUUCUCACGAAAAAAGCAUUUUCUUAAAAAUUCGUAGUUUUUUUUCCUUCAAAUUUUUUCAGGGCCACAAUUGAUUAACUAACUACCCGGACUCUGAAUUUCAUGGUCAUUGAAAAACUGUGACAUUAUCUUCUAUAAGCCCAAACUUGAGUAAACAUUGAAGAUUUUUAGCGUUUUGGCUGAGUUUGUGCUUUGGGAGUUGUCUAUUGUUUCUAGUCUGUCAUUAUACAGCAUUCUUGUUCAGCACGCGUGCAGUGACCGCGCUUGGCUGACUUCCGAAUGCUCACCGAGAUAUGAUAAUUUUGGUACAGUGAGACAGGCCAUCGCGUGAUACAUAGAGGUUUAAUUCACAAUUUUUAAUCAAUUCUCGUGCUUCUUUACCCUGGGUACCAGAGACUUUUCUAGCGCGGUUUCCGGUUUCUGUCAAGUCUUUAUAGUGACCCGCGCGAAAAGCCUCUGGAGCAGAGCGCUAUUGCUUUGAUGGCGCCGAUCCAAUCGUUAACACGGUUAAAUCAGUUGGUCCAGAUUUUGGACAAGACGGCUGAUUGGCUACUAACGACCACCUGAGGGACUUUGAAUCUAACAGACGCUACAAUUGGUUGACAAGAAUAGACCAGCACGUGAAAGAAUAUUUCGAACUUUGCUGUUGACAUGACUUAAGUGUACUAGCGAGAAGUGUUGCUGUUGUGUUGUGUGUUGGCUUUGGAAAGUUUUGAAAGAGCAUGAUAAGCAAUGUACUAGAAGGACAAGUUAAAAGCUCUGAGCAAACAAGUGGAGUAUUUAAUUUUAUUCAACGCAAUUAAGCUUUUAUCACCAAUUCAGCUUCUGUAGCAAAUACGGUUUAAGCUUUACUAGUUUCCUAUUUCAAACGAUUACAACAUAAUUUGAAAUAGUUUGUGAUGAUGGGUUAGGAAUAUAAGAACAAAACAUGUAUUUUUAGUAUAAAAGGGGGGUCAGAAGGCAACACACGACUUUUACCUCAUGCCAAAAUGCUGCUUGUUCCAAUGAAUUUUUUUCCGUGAUUGGUAGAUUAUGCUCUGGAGAAAAACGUUUUGACUAAGCAAAUUUGAUUUUUGCCGCUUAAUUAUUUCAUACUGAGAGGUCGUGACAGGUAUAUUGAUUUUCUGCGGUUAUUGUGUCUGGUCGGCACAUGAUUUGCCUUCUGAUGCAAGAGCAUUUUCUUUGACCUCUUUUGAAAUGUUAAGGUCUUCUAAAUAAGGGUUUUAGGUUGUUUUAUUUCUCAAAGUGCCUCCUGGAUCUGAAUAAUUAUAAGCGAUUUUCUCUUUGUCCGUGAAAGUGACGGUUUCCUGCAAUGUUUUGUCACGCUGGGCCCAGCUCGUUAGCGUUUUUAACAGGGUGUUAAAUUUUCACGGAUAGUGAUUUUCAGAUCCAAAUCUUGAAGAAUAGAUUGCAGCUUAAACUGAAGCUACAUCAACUAUGGAGAACUGCGAUGUGACCCAGUGAUGAUUGCUCUUAAAGCAAUGAAUUUUAAACUCGAAUUUGUUUUGCUAAGGAUAAUGUGGGUCUUUGGACACUUCUUCACGUGCCGGCCCACACGAUCACAGUUGGACACUUUCAAUCUGAUUGGCGUAAAUGUAAUCCGAUAAAAAAGCACAAAGGUCAACGGGAACGGUAAAAAGCACCGCUCCGUGCCAGAGGUUUUUCUCGCGGCUUCGCCGCUCGUGGCUUCGGCCUACGGCCGAAGAUGUGUCGGCCUUCGGCUAAACACCGAAAAUUCCCGCCGCACGCGAGAAAAACCUCUGGUACCCAGGGUAGUGCUUCUUGUGCCUUUGCAAAAAAAUCAAGAAGUGCUACACACUAAAUCGACUUACUAUUACAAAAAUAUCAUUUUUUCAUAGGUUUAAUGCAAGCCAAUAAUUAAACCAACUCGUGACGGGAAUAUCUCGGUGAGCAUUCGGAAGUCAGCCAAGCGCGGUCAUUGCACGCGUGCUGAACACGAAUGCUGUAUAAUGACAGACUAGAGACAAUAGACAACUCCCAAAGCACAAACUCAGCCAAAGCGCUAAAAAUCUUCAAUGUUUACUCAAGUUUGGGCUUAUAGAAGAUAAUGUCACAGUUUUUCAAUGACCAUGAAAUUCAGAGUCCGGGUAGUUAGUUAAUCAAUUGUGGCUCUGAAAAAAUUUGAAGGAAAAAAAACUACGAAUUUUUAAGAAAAUGCUUUUUUCGUGAGAAGGACUCUUAAACGCUGACAAACGUCAACAAAUAGCGAAAACUAUAAUUUCUAUAUGUUUGCUUUGCUAGAAAUCGCGCGCAUUUACAAGGCCCUAAAGCGUUUUGCUGACUUGCAAGGACCCAUCUGUUUUAACGAUGCCCAAAAUAAAGAGAUGAAUCUCAUAGUUUAUUAGAUAUAAUCCGUGUAAAGUUUGCUUAUCAUUUUCGCAUAAAUUAUGACCUUAAUUUGGAAACCGCUGAAUUUCUCGAAUUGGGUCUUUACGAUUUUGGUGAAACUCUCUUCAGCGCAAGGCACUAAAGGGCACUAUGUGUAGCCAAGAGAUUUUCACGAAAAAAUGCCGACAACAGCAGAUUUUCGACUCAGACCUCAAGGGGCGUGGCAUUAUAACCACGUGACAUUUACUCCGAUCGCCAAAAAUUUUAUGUUAUAUUGUAGAUUGAUCUAUAUGUUAUCCAUUUUAUGUGUUAGACUUACGAUAAAAGUAAAGGUGGGGAUACCAGAGAGCUUCAAACUAGGAUGGUACCCCCCCAAAAAAACUGGGUCGAGUCACCUUAAGGCAAAUGAUACGUAUUUGAAUAGUCUUGGGGCCCGUCCACACUUAUCCGGAUAUUUUUGUAAACGGAGAUUGUUUUCCUUUUUCAAAAAAAUUACGCAUCCGCACCUAGUUUAUUCGAAUCGUUUUCGUCCGUCCACACGAAAACGCUAAAACGAAGGAAAUACGAUAGCAUCCCUUACGGAGCAUGCGCAAUUCUCGUAAUUCUCGUAAUUCUCGAUUAUGGGUGACAUCAUCAUAUUCGAAAAUCUCAGUUUUCGUCCGUCCACGCGAAAGCGAGAAGCCGGCGUUUUCAAUCUCCACUCUGGAAAGCGUUUUUGAAAAGAUGCGUUUUUGGUGACCUCUGACUUUUUCACCGGAUACUUGUGGACCGUAGGCCAAACUUCGUUUUCCCCAAAAAAAAACAACCGGAUACAUGUGGACGGGAACUUAAAGAGAACGACGUUGAAGCCUAAGUUGAAUUUACGUUAAAAGUUUUGGAAUGGGUUUUGGUGGUAGUGUAAUUGCAAGGGAGAGAACAGAAUAUAAAAGGUCCAGGUUCGAGGUCCGGGUUCCACUCUGGGUUGCGAUCUUCUAUCUUUUUAAGAGUGUGUCCAUGAGAAAACCAGGCAGGACCAGGCAGGGGGUGAUAAUGCUCAAAUCACCGAUUUCGCUCAAACUUGGCACAAAUGUUAGGUAUCAGGAGUUAGCUUAUGUGACAGAAUGUCAGGUCAAAAUAUUAAAUUCCCUGGGAGAUCCGGGCUCCCCCUGUAAAAAAUCGCCAUUUUGCCCGUUUAUGCAUAAUUAAUUAGCUAACUUUACGAUGCCAGUGCAACAAACAGAAAAGCCACCUGGAAUUUAAAUGCACUGAGAGAUAAUCAGACAUCAUAAGACUUUAAGCACAAUAAACUGUUUAAAGUCGCCGAUUCGAUUCCCCCUCUUAGCCCCCCUUAAGUUGGGUCAUCAUUUCCAAGUUUUGAGUAAGACGUAAAAUUAGGGUAUUUUAUUCCCAAAUAUCUCUGAUGAGCAACCGCUUAUCUUUAUAACUUUUGCAUGAGUAGUUAAAGCCAUCACUUAAGUUGAGAAAAAGAUCAUAAAAAGUUUGGGCAAUUCACUUUCUUCCAUGUGUUGACAUAAACUGUUCAUGUGACUCAACGACUUUUGCAUAUUUCAUCAAAAUUCAGGCCCUCACAAUAUUCGUGUGUUUGCCUUUGAAUGAGGAGAAAACGAACAAAAAAACUCAUCAGACAAUGAUUUAACAUUAAUAAGGGUAAAAUCAUAAAAAUUGUUGUGCAAGAAACGCUAACGAUGAUUUUUGAUAGCUAUAUACGCGAUCUUUUCAAGUAAAAACAACAUACAAAGAUUUAAUUCACAGUUCUACUUACUUUAACAAUUUCGCCCUAAAAACAAUAAUAAACGGUCAAUAAAAUCCAUGUACGUAUCUCUUAGAUGUCUCAACUGCUAGUUUGUGCCCGCUUUGAUUUGUUCCCCUUCAUGCCACCUUCGAUGUCCAGUUCAGCGUAGUUCAGCGUCGUGACUCGCUGUACGACUAAAAUUCCUUAGCCAUCAGUUUAUGCACCAAAAUCCAAAUCAAGUUGUUUUAGGACAAAACAAUAUGAAAGGUAGAAAGCCGAUCCUUAACCCAUUGAAAGAAUUAUUUCUGCCACUGUUGUAGCGCAAUUCACAUGUUGCAAACGCCCGACAUCUUUAAAUGGAGCCCGCAUUUUUAAGCAGCGGUUGCCACCAUACGGAAACAUCGUAUCGGGAGUCAGGAACCAGGAGCCAGGAGCCAGGAGCCAGGAGCCAGAGUUCAGUGAACAAAAUGACUUUCCGACAUUCUCUGAGAUUAUUUUAUUGUUAUUGUAUGCUGAUAAAUAAUUUAGAAUUCCAAAUCUAUUGGCAACUUUAUUCAGACCAUGAUUAUAAAUGAUCCCAUGUCUUCUCAAACUCGGAGAUAGAAGUCGUUUUGUCUUCGUGUUUUGGAAAGAACUAUUUUUUCUAUUUUAGUUGCACGUGAAAUAGCAGCGAAGUGAAGCUGGAUGUUGGUGCAGACCAGUUCAAAGAGACAAAUAAAGCGUGAGACACGUCCAGAUUGGCGUGCGACAAGAAUUCCAUUUUUUUUUUCAUACUGGAGUCCCUUAUCCCCGGGGGAGUGUCCAAGUUGCGUACAAAUGCCCUACCCUGCUGACACCAGAUUUGACUGUCAUAAACAGAGAAUUUUUUUAUCUCGCACGGUCUUUUGGGGGUCUUAUAAAGCCUAACUGUGGCACUAAUGUUCCCAAGUAGAAUUCAAAAUACACCACACUUUCACAUUGAGUUAGAUAUUUUUCUCAAACAACCGCUUCCAUAUGUUUAACACCCUUCCCACAUUCCCUCCGAGAGAUACUUGAACUGUAAUACUUCGCUUUCAAAUUUCUCACCCUACCCAGGUAAGGUCAGUUUUCUCGUCCUAGACAUCGAUCUCGGAAGGGCCUUUUUGCGUACUCUUGGGCGCCAAAACCAGUUUAGUGCCCAGCCGUGUGCCGUGCUGAGGCAGGCAGAUGUUGAAUUAUGGACAGACACAACAAUUAAGUUACAGACAUUUGAUGUUCCGGUCCGUGCGUGGUCGGACGACACCCAGUAAAUAAUGCCCAUGGGGUUGCCCAAGGAAAAUUUGGGUUUUACGAGAGUCGAACUGCAGGAGGUCUUUAACGAGGAAAAGUGCGGACACAUCUACUUUUUGGAGUGAAUGUGCUGCAUGCAAUUUUUAAGUUACAAUAUACUAUAGAUAAAUCUAAUUUGUUUCUAAAGUUCCUCUCAUACACCGAGUAGUUUAGGACAUACAGGGAACGCAGAGAUCAGACCAUUGCAUCAUGGAAAAUUCUCAAUUAGACUGUCAUCGUAAAAAGUGGUCGCGGUCGCUUACUGGAUGUGGAUGUGUUCGUUUACAGGAGGUUCCAACUACAAGCGCUUUGACUUGAUAAUAUAUUUGGUGUGUUGAAUAAGUGAUCGCUGAUUGGGAAGUGGUCACUUAAGUUGGAUGGUCGCACGUAGGUUUGACGGUGCCUCGUUAAGCGAAAAUUUGUUAAAAUGUAAGAGAAAUCCUAAAAUUGUAAUACAGUGGAAGCUCUCGUACGAGGGCGCCCUCGGGACGGGAAAAAGGUGUCCUUAACUGGAUCUGGCCGCUUACAAGAAUGAAUCUCAUAUGCAGCAUAGUUAUGCAAGUGGAAUUCAGCCACUUUAAAAGUGGUGUAAAGGUUAGAUAGCCGCUUACGGAAGCUCCUCCCAGCUACAAAUUAACACUGGUAAUAGCAAAAAACUGUUUUUUAGUGUAUGGUUACGCUGAUGUUCUUGCCUUGUGGUAAUUUAGGUAAAAGGAUACAAUUCAGUUUGUCUUUUCAAGUGUAACCGGACGAGUAUGUGAAAAAACGGUAACUCUGAAAUGGAUAUAUAAGAAUGAUUCAUAACAGUGACAAACAGCGAUAUGACUGUGGACAUGAUAUGAAAAAAAAAAAACAACAUUCAGAGGCGGAUAAGAUUUCUUUCGAGUGUCUGCUUAGGAGAACUUUAAAUCAAAGCUAACAUCUAAUUCGCCAGUAAACCCUUUAAGUGUCCGCGGCCGCCUACGGGAAUGUAAAAAUCCAGAGUUUGUGUGGGAGUUGAAACGGUAUUUUGUGAUGGCGGUCGUAAGUAGAGCUAUUCGCUAUAUACGAGAGUGUCCGUUAAGAGAACUUAAUCUAGUGUAUGAAUCCGCAAAUGACAGCUUAAAUGAGAAGUGAAUAUAGUGUAUUAGUCUGUGUUCAAGAAACUGUUCUCUUACACCUUCCUUAUAGCCAAAGAAGUCUGGCCGACUUUUUUUGCAAUGUAUUAGUGCCCCCUUUUGGGUCUUUUGUAUUCCUCAGAAGUUUUUCCUCAACACGUUUAUAAACGAUUAUUAUUAUAUUUUUGUAGUCAAUAAUAUACCCAGAUACAGAUACCAACCUGUAUAGUUGUAAGACUACGAGGAUUAAAAUACAACUAAGUAAGUAAUUAUACCCAGUGGUAAGUCAUUAAUUGUCUAAAAACUGCACGGCACGGUCUGACUACAAAAAGGGAUAUUAUGGACCAUUAUUAUCAUGGUAAUUAAUGUCAACAUCGAAUAAACUCAAAAUUUCAAGUAACACAACUUUCACAACCUAUUUUCAACACACCAGUCAUAACAGGAUAUUGGCGCGUACAACAAUAGAUAGCGUAUUCCGGAUUCCGGAGUCCGGUAGUCCGGCGUCACAGAUUCCUUCCUUUUGGCAGAGUCUAAAGUCAAAGAUGGAGGGCGUUCGAGCAGGUGGUUGUUUUCUGUAGAUAUAGACGGAUUGUCCGUGAUCCUUCUUGUCCUUUGAGAAUGAUUUUGUUCUUUCUGACUACAACGUAUUUCAAAGACUUCGAAUGGUCGGUGAAAAGCCGACACUUUUCAUUCUGCAAUGUUUCAAGAUGUUUCGAUUUCAUUACCUCGUCACGAAGUAACGCCACAAAGGACCAGACGAAACUGGGGCAGCAAGUCUGGACUAAAGCUCCUGAGAGACGUGUAUGUAACAUUUAUUCACUAUCUUUUAUCCUUGUUGGGUCUUGUUUCACCUACAAGUUGGACCGAUGGAAGUUUUGAACAACUCUUUUGCUCCUUGUGUUUACUCGAGCGUUCCAUAAAAUAUCUAUCCAAACGUCCACAAAUAACACAGAAAACAUGCCUCAGGUGACACGUUCUAACAAUUCCGCUAUUAGUAUCGAUAAUGACGCAUCUGAUUUGUGACUUCUCGUCAACUUUGUGCUAUUUUUGUUUAAAAAAACGAAUGUUACGUUUCUUCCAAUUUUGGUCAAAUGACAAAUAAGCGUCAAGUCAGAUGUACAUAAUACGUCAUUAUUGAUAAAGUAUGAGAUUGCCCAAAUAUUUUAUGAUUGAUUUGAUAACCUUAAAGAUGUCUUUCAAAGAAUAUGUGAGAAUUACGUACAUAGGUUGUUGCUCAUGGGAGAUGUUAGCCACUAAAAUACCUUAAAUUUAGGGUUUGGUCAAAACAGUGACAAGAUGUCCUUAAUUUAGGCUAAAUAAUAGGAAGAAAUCGAAUUAGAGAGUAAAAAUAAAUUACUGAGCAUUAAGUUUGAUAAACAUAGAAGAUGAUAAAGUUGAUUAGAUUUGAAGUUGUCUUUUCUUCUUGUUGAACAGCCAAACCAAAGUCAGCUAAUUAAUUAUGCAAAAAUGAGAAGAGUUUGUCGUUUUUAGGGGGGGUCUCUGUAAAUCCCAGGGAAUUCAAUAUUGCGACCUUGUUUUUUGUCGAGGUGAAUAUCUCACCCCACCCAUCAAUUGUGCCAAGUUUGAGCGAAAUCCGUGAUUUGAGCAUUAUCACCUCCUGCCUGGUUCUCUCAUGGACACACUCUUAAUAGAAACACUCUCAAUAACGGGUCGAACAUUGUCUAAGUGUCUUACAAAUGGCAUCGACCGUUUACGAAAGGGACAACUGCUUCGGCGAUCACGGAACGAAAGAAAUGUUGGGAGUUGCUGGCGCUAAAGUUUGACUGGUUUCAAACUUUGCGCAACGACUCCCACCAACAUGCAACAGUGUGUGCAAACGGACGCAACAUGUAACAUCCAACAAUGUUGCGUCCUUUUGUACGGGUUUAAGAUUAACAUACAUAAAAUAUGCAGUUAACGUCACACAAAAACGUUUAGCUGGAAUAGUCGGCUUAUCGGUCAGAAAAGGUUUUGGCCUACAGGAUGUGGGUCGUGUUCGGCAAUAAUAUGGUAGAUAAGUCCGUACAAUCAUGUAAACGUGUCUCCUGACUGCUGACUGCCGGUUUAUCAAACAGUUGGUUUGAAGAUAGUUCUAGUGUUGAUACUUGCUCUUUAUUGACAUUUUUAACCGCGGCAGGCUUAGCUCAGUUGGUAGAGCGCUUGACUGCGGAGCGGAGGUCGUGGGGUCGAUUACUGGGACCGGAUCAACACUCAGAGUCUUAAAAUAACUGAGAAAUGAAGCUACUUCUUUGCCCUGCAAAUGGCUAGACCUCUAUAAUGUUUUUGUUCUAGGUCAUUAGAAAACUAAGAGGAAAGGAAAUCAAGCGUCAAGAAAUUAUUCAUGGUAAGACAAGUUGAACUUUAUAUAAAGACAUGGAACGAGACUUAAAAAUAGUGUUUAACAGUUUCUAGAUAGUAGAUAGUAGAUAGUAGAUGGAAUGAGUGUCGAUACUGUUGCGUAACCUUCAAAAUUUUAGGAUUUGUGUGAAAAAUAUAAACGAUUGUUUCUGAAUCCUACAAAUGUGAAAGAUAAAUAGACAACAGCUUACCUAACUGAGUUUUUUGAGUUUCUCCUUUCUUGUGUAGUCCCCAAGCCGAUUUAUGGCCAUUAUAUGGGUUUUGGUGCAACUGGUUUACUCCCUCCAUAUAACCUUAUAUCGUUCAUAUUUCAAGGUUGAGCUACGUGUGUCUUUGUGUCGGAGGAAAUUGACGUAUUUGCAAACGUCAUGUUAAGUGGAUUUCCACUGGCACGUAAUUUUUUACGCACACAUAUAUUACGCGCGUAAAUAAAAAUAAAGAAGAGAGUCGCGCGUAAACGUAAAUGUUGAUCGAAGUUCAACACCUCCGUCUACGUGCGGUCUUUCAACAGCCUGGGAACGAAGACGUAUCCCAUUUCCAUAUGCAUUGGCUUAGUGUGGAUGGUCGAAAACAAUGUGGAAAAACUCUGGUGUGGACGCAAAGUUUUGAAUGCGUUCUUGUUUACGUGAAAACGCCUCGGUAUAGACCAAGCUAGGUUUUGAUUCUUACAGCAGUGACCGGCUUACUUUGAAGUGUUAGUGGAAAAUUCAUUGUAAGGAAUUCACACAAAAAAACUAUAAUACCAUCAGAAUAUUCUAAUGUUAACUGUAUUUUUCUCUUUUAGAGCUUAUUCAUACUGAAAGAACACAUGUUAGGAAUCUUAAAGUUUUGAGCAAGGUGAGUUGGUAGUUAGAAAUUGAGAACAUAUAUAACUAAUAUACACAUAUCUUUUUCGCUUCUACUUUGAACUAAAUUGAAUAAGCUUUAAACUCUACACAGGAAUGAAAACUACCUUUAGUGACAGCUUACGAGGAAUACAGCAAUCUGAUAUUCCUUGGUGUCUCGACCCAGUACUUUUGCAGCGACACCUUCCAUCUUUGAAUCUCUUAUACUUAAACAAAUUGAUCUUUACUAUAGAACCGAUUAUAACACAUUUAUUACACAUAGACUAAACUUUAUUUUGAUUUUAUUUUUUGGGCGAUUGGAAUAAAUAUCACGUGACAAUGACGUCACAAUAGUUUAGCUCUAAAUCGAAUUUCUGCUCUUAUCGGCAUUUUCUUUGGAAAUGAUUUACGCUACCGAUACUUUGGGUGUUUGUCUUCUGUUGUGCGAAGUUUCACAAAAAUCUAUAAGAGGAAUUUCGAGAUAUCUUGGAAUUUCUACAAAAAGGGUGUGAAUUAUGCAUGAACCAAAGACUGGAAUUGAUACAGACAAAUUUACUAUUUUUUGGAUGCUUCCGAAAAGUUUUAUCACACACUCAUUUAGCCUGCGUGGCAGGCGUUUGAAAGGGAAGGGAAAGGGAGUUUUAAGUUCGAGAGAAACGCGAGGGACGUGGUCUCGCGCCCAAAUUCCCUUCCCCUUCCCUUUCCAACGCCUGCCACGCAGGCUACCACUCAUUUUGUAAAUGACCUUUAUACGCUCUACAACCGGCUGAACGCAAUUUCGCGAUUUCGAAAAAAACAUGAAAACAUGUGAAUCAGUCAAACGCAAUGCUGAACUCUUUUUGUAAUUUCUAAGGCAACUUUCACGAAAACAGCGAUUAAAGAAAAUCGUUGAUAGAUUUCCUUAAAAAAAUUUCAGUGCUGCAAUGGAUCAUUGUACUAUAAAAUCCCCGAAUUUUGUGUCCAUUAAAAACUUUUUAAGUUGACCAACGUAGGGCCAAAAUUUAGUAAAUAUUGAAGCGAUGCCAAAGAUCUGGCUAAGCUUUUGCUGUGGGAUUUCCUAUUGUCUCGACUUUAGCAAAAUAUCAAAUACCAAUGCACCUUCCCAUGCACCACGCGAGAAUUUACCGCGCUUAGUUGCCCUCCGUAAUCUAUUCGCUAUUGUUUUCUCCCAUUCUACAGCAUUACCAUAUUUCGGAAAGAUUUCAGAGGGCAACCAAGCGCGUUAAAUUUUCGCGUACUGCAUGGGAAUUUGAUGUUGUGCUAAACUCUAGACAAUAGGAAGUCCCAGAGCAAAAAACUUAGUCAGAUAUUUGACAUCGCUUCGAUAUUUACUUUAUUUUGGGCCUGCGUUGGACAGCUUAAAAAUUUUUCAAUGGACACGAAAUUCGGGGAUUUCAUAGUAUACUGAUCAAUUGCAGCACUGAAGUCUUUUAAAGAAAACCCAUCGACGAAUUUUUGUUUAAUCGCUGUUUUUGUGAAAGUAGCCUUUAAAAAUACAAAAAAACUCAGCCUUGCGUUUACUGAUUCACGUGUUUUCAUGUUUUUUUCGAAAUCGCGCAAGUCUUCGUGCGUUUAGCUGGUUGUAGAGUGUAUAAAGGUCAUUCGCAAAACGAAUGAGUGAUCAAAACUUUUCCGAAACCUCCAAAAGAUAGCAAAUUUGUCUGCACUAAGUCCAGACUUCAGUUCAUGCAUAAUUUAAACCCUUUUUGUAGAAAUUCCAAGACAUCUCGAAAUUCCUCUUUUAGAUAUUUGUGAAACUUCUCACAACAGAAGACAAGCACCCAAAGUUUAGGUAGUGUAAAGUAUUUCCAAAGAAAAUGCCGAUAAGGGCAGAAUUUCGAUUUAGAGCUAAAACUAUUGUGACAUCAAUGUCACGUGAUCUUUAUUCCCCUUACUCAAAAAAUAAGUAUAAGAGAUUCAAAGAUGGAAGGUGUACCUACAACAACAUUUCACUCAUGUUACGGAGCGCAAUUUUUUUUUUAUGUCGUUCUAGUCUUUGGUUGUUGAAUUGACAAUUCUAUCGUCAGUUCAUUAUUUGUAAACUUUUAUUUCUAUUUACCGUUAAAAAGGCUUUUUCCACGCCGUUUGUUGAAAUCCAGCCUCUUACCUUUUCCUGAUAGUCUGGUGAACUUUUCGCCAUAUUAAAAGAGCCUUAGGCAAAGGCGCUUUUGGGCCACGCACGCCAACCGGAAGUUGACGUUUGCAAUCCCUUUGAAGUGGUUUUACCCAAAUUGAAGGGCAUAUCGUUUCUAAAUUAAAGAGUAAAGACACUUAGCAAUACAAAUUUGGUAGCUUCAAAUGGCCCUCUCUCAAAGUGCCUUUGCUUUAGCUCGCUUUUACUGCGCUUUUGUACGCUUGGAAGAGAAUGGUUAUUGAUGUUUUUUUUUUUCAGGUGUUCUACAGACCAAUGUUAAAAUUUAACGUUAUGUCCAAGCAGCAUAUUAAUCAACUUUUUCCCAACUUAGAUGAAUUGAUUAAAAUUCAUGGUAAGUGAACAUAAAAUGCUUAGGGAUGGCACACGAAUUCCUAGACGGUUACAAGAACUUUUUUAGCUAUGACCAGUCACAAAAGUGGCAGUGAAGUUUGUAACUGAUUUUGUAGCUGUUAAAUUUACCUGUUUCUCAAGAGAUGCAUGCUUGACUUGUGUAUCCACGGUUUUUCUCAUACUCCCACUCUGCAACCCGUUAUCCCUUUCUGGAUGACCCUACAAAAGAAUCUUACUUUUAUGCCUACUCGUACUCUGGUAUCUACUGAUUAUAAUUAGUACGAUAAAAUACCUUAAAUUGUAUUAAGCAUUCGAAGUUUCCUGCUUUAAAUCUGAAGAGACAUUAAUGUAGGAUUUGUUGUAAACUUUUUGCUAGAAUUCUAUAGCUGGGUAAAUAACUUGUUUAAUACUUUGAUGAGUUUUUAGAGAAAAUCGCAACUCUUAACGGGACUUUCCCCUUUUUACACAGAAAGUUAGGUCGUGUGUUAAUUGAUUUGUUAAUUGAUUUAUUCAAGUGUCUUUAAUGGAGAGCAUGAUGAAAAAGCAAGAAGAGUCUUCUGAGGAAGUGAUAACUUGUAUAGGCGAUGUUAUGCUGAAAAGGGUGAGUUCCAAAUUAUUACGCCAUAAUUAGCAACGAAUGGAGAGAUCAACAUAAUUUUCAAUAUCAGGCAAAAGUCGACUCCAAUAAUUAUUGUUUUAUUAUUUACUUAAAGUACCUGUUCCGCGGCAGUUUCCGGAUAUAAAGGGAUGUUUAGUCCAACUAAUAUUCUUCAAAUAGCAACGCGUUUGCCAUUCUUUGAGUGGUAUUAUUGCUAUUCUUGCCACGUUUUUAGGCAGUAGUUUGGCUAUUUGUUCAGCGGAAAAAUGAAAUCCUCCGCCAUUUUCUCAACCUCUACCAGAACAGCUGAGCUACCGCACCUUCUGUAGUCCCUUUUCCUGUCGAUUGUCAGUACUGGUGGCGUCAAUUGGAUUGAUAUCGGCAAACGUCUUGCAUAUUUGGUCAGCGGUAGCUGCUUUAAGAUUAGCCAGGGCAUUAGAGGCAACCUGAAACGAUAAAAUUUUAUGUUGAAUGAAUAAAGUGUAACGAAAAUCUGCAUGACUUUAAGUUAUUCUUUAUCCUGAUUAAGUUAGUCCAUUCUUCCGGGCAUUAAUGCAUGGCAAACAAACAAAUGGGGUCGAUAAGUUAAGCAAGCUGUAUUUUUUACGUCAUUACACCCCUUAACUCAAAUUACGAGUUUUUAUCCGUACAUGAUGCAAACUUUACGUUUGUCGAUUUCUGUUAAUUUUAUUGGAUAAAUUACUUAGAUAAUUAUUUCUCUUUCUAACUGCAAUGAUUAAAAAGAAAUGCAUGUUGUUGAGAAAAGUAGCCUGCGAAAACAUCCGUUUCUCCUCGCUCUUCGCCGCUGGGGACGUUUCGCGAGGAGGAACGUCUGCGACUCAGCGACAGAAAUUCCAUACUGAUGACGCAAAAUCUGUCCGGAAUCUGGUCAGAAGUGCUGAUUGGUCGACAGAGUAGUUACAUUGUUUUAGCUAUUGUUUACGAAUGACAGACAAAAGACAAAAGGCCACAGAGGUCAAAUGUAAACGCGAAGAAUCUCUAGCAAAACAGUCAAUAUUUGUUGAAUAUACUCUUCUCUAGAAGAAGAAUUUGAGUUCUGCUGGAGCUCGUUGGCAGAUGAACACAAAAAUUUACCAAAAUCGACCAGAAGACACGUAAAACUGUACAAAUUUGUAUUUGGAACCCCAUGACUACCGGAUUUAUUAUGUAAACAUUGAUUUGCGUCAUCAGUAUGGAAUUUUUGCCACUGAGUCGCAGACGUUCCUCCACGCGAAACGUCCCCAGCGGCGAAGAGCGAGGAGAAACGGAUGUUUUCGCAGGCUAUGAGAAAAGUCGAGUUGCCUCAGUUUUUAGCGGAGCUCCACGCGCGCGCGAAGCGCGCGCGUGGGCGGAGCCCCAUUGCUAAGUAAAUCUACCCAUCCGAGAAACUUUGGUAAUCACGUGACUGUACACCGACCGCCCGCUGUCCGUCCGCACCACAGGAAAACCAAUGUUUACUCUCGCACUUUUAGCUAGUUUGGGAGCCCAAGAGAAAACUAAUUGCACAGGCUGCACAUCAAUGUUGUGAUCAAUUGACAGCUAUCAAAACAGGGCAUCCGCUGACCAGUAUCACCUGACCGUACCGUGGGCUCAAGUGUCGACCCAUCGAGGUCGAGUAUUUUUUUAAAGUUAUCCGCUGACAAAUGACCAGUUUCAAAUGAUCGCAGGCUCAAGUUUAUUUUUUCCAAGGAUUCAUAUCUUAUCAUUCUUGUCUUUAUGUCACUAUGGCCCCGCACUAUUAGGAUUUUGAUUUCAAACUGACCUCGGAAGCAAAAAUUCAUCCAGUUUUUUUUAAAGUACAGGCGGGGAAGACCUCAUCUUACCAUGGUCACGCGUUGGUCACGCUCUACGUCCAAUUUUUAUACUCUGAUUGGUCAAAAUUUGACAGGUGAGUUCAUGCGGAAAAUAUGCAGCAUCUUGAAAAUAGUUUACUUUGACAGCUGAAGCUGACAGAGUUUUGUGUCAACUUGUGAUGUUUUUAACUGUCUUUUUCCUCUGGAUGUACAAAAUGAAAUACAGCUGCUAUCAAGAGCCUUCUGUUAUUCAUGGCUGAUUUGUUUACUGGGUCUUGGUUGAGAAAUGCGUCGCUUGUCAAAAUUCGGUAAUUCGAUUUCGGAUGGCAUCGUUUUCGUUUUUCACCUUGCUUAAUGCGUAAGAGGGUUUAAAAGUCUCAAGCAACUGUGGCCUCCAUUGAUAGCUAUCAGGAACUGAAUCUCGAAUGGUAAGCCUAAGUAAUUAUUGUAUUUGAUGUUUUCAUGAAGUCUUGCACAGUUCACGCUGACAGUUUACGCCGCAAGUUUAUGCACGUUUGUAGGAUUUGAGUCAAUGAUCUGACCUAGUAUCAGGUUUGAUAUAAGCUUACAGAACUUUAAAAAGCCUUCAGCUAUAUUUGCUGACCACAAAUAGAAAGAAAACGUUCCGAAGAAUAUUUAGUUAUAAAUUUGGCUGUAGAAAGAAAACUUUGAGCGACUCUCUUGCUUUGAGGAGUUCACCUUCGAAAACAGUAAACACCGCGCGAGAAGCCGGCUAAAACAUAAACUUAAGCUUUACGCUUAAAGACUCAGGAUUUUUAGAGACACUUUAAUACUUGUCUUCGUGAAUGAAAAUUGUUGUCUCUGUAAAUGUUUCACGGAAUUAUAUCUCUUUUUUUGAUUGUUAGUAGUCUCUUGCAAUUUUAAUCGCUUGUCCGUGCCGUUUGUUUUCAUCGUUCAUGACCAUCGCUUGCAGGAAUACUAAAAAAUGUCGCGCGUAUCAAACGCUUUAUGAGAUUACAUAUCGUUAUAACUGAAACCAUUUAAUAACAAAACAAAUAAUAAAUUCGCUAUUAUGUUGAAGCGUAACUCUGUUAAACUUCAUUCAAACACUCGACCACACUGACAGCUCGCACUAUAGAAACGAGAACCAGCUGGCCGUAUGAGUGAUUUUGGAAAUUUUCUGAAAUUUUUGAACGGUUUGGCUCGUCCUGAAUAUUGACUGAGUGCAAUUUGUCUUGAAAAAUUGUGAAAUACCGCAUUCUGUCCGAGCUCUGUAUGAUAAAUAGUACUGUUUCACCUCAAAUGUGGUACAUAAAAAUUAUAAAAGGUUGGUUUUAAACACCCCCAGAUUUGUUGGCAAGAAUUUGUAAAGUAAACCUGUCGAACGCAAAAAAAUUUGGCGUGAUUUGUUUUACAAGAAUUUGUUUUCGAGGCCUAAUCUACUGUGAUCUUGAAUGUGAUCGAAGAUGUUUGCUAUUUUUUGGGUGUACAUAUAAGGUUACCAAUUCGUUGUAAGAUAUUUCACUCUAAAAUAACUUAGCCUUUCCCUCAAAAGUCACAUGAAUGUGCCCUUAAGUUAAAUGAUUUGCCGAUUAAAAGUUUAUUGUUUGAUUUAAAUUGUAAAUUUUUUAAAAUUGGAGCUUCGCUUUUAGCCCUGGCUAAAUCUAUAUAUUAUUCAGCUCACACAGAUAUAGUUACAGUAUGCAGUGUUCAAUCUAGGCCGCGUUUUUGCGUCAUUUACGCCGCAAAAUGAAAUGAUCGUGGGGUCAUACUGACGCAAAAAAAAGCAACAAACAAAAACCCCCCAAAAUAAGUUUUCUCGUAUAUAAGUACUUCCAAAGCAGCAGGCAAUAAUAAAAGUAAAUUUAAAAACAAAUAUGUGUGCUUACUAGCCUUAUAUGAACGCGCGAAAUCGCGAAAUGACUGGUGUUUCAGACUACGUUUGUACGAGUACUUUUUGUGUCAGGCGUUCCAAUUCCGAGAGAGACUGGACGCUACUACGACGUUCUGCAACGUUGCCGAUCGAUUCACGCUUCGUUCGUUGACUUUGUUCAGGGUGUGUUCUUGUGUCUACGUUAAUUUUAGUUUCAUGAAACGCCAGCAAAAGUUAAGUCUCUUUUUUUACGCCAUAAUUGGUCUUUUUCGGCUUUACAAUUAUUUGACUGUUUCCAGUUACUGCAAUAAGCAAAUCAAAACUGUGAAAAGCAUAAAAACUAUAAUAGGGAUAAAAAAUUCGAAAACGUUGAAACUGACUUAAAAUGCUAAAAAGUUGUAAAAAUAUACUGGUAGUGUAUAGCAUAAUAGGGAUAUUGCCAGUUUUUCGAAGUUUAUUAUUAUCAUAAUAAUUUGACCCAGACCAUUUUUGAAAUGACCCAAUUUAAAAUGUCACGUGGGACAUUUGACCCACUUUCCAUAAUUUCUAGAUUGAACACUGAGUAUGUUUUUUAAAUUUUGUUGUUCACAUGCUUUCUCAAUUUACAUGAUUUAAAUUUCAGUUUUGUAUCAUAGUCUGUAGUAAGUGCAAACUAUAAUUAAAACUAGUAGGCCAUUAUUACUGAUACUUGAUAAAAACUAUUUUAGCCCGUUUCCAAAGCAAAUAAUUCAGGAAAUGAGUAAGCUAAUUAAAGAGUAAACAGAUUUUUUUAUGUAACUUGAAAAAUAGUUCUUUUUUGUAUUUUUUGUUUUGCAGUUUGAUGAUGAACCUGGUGAGAUAGCCAAGGAUGCCUGUGCUACAUUUUGUAAUCACCAGAAACUAGCUUUGGAACAGCUCAAGGUAUGCUGGUGCUGCAGACGGUAGUAACUUUUUAAAGCGAUCCACAAAGUUUAUACACCUGUUGUUUACUGAAAUCCGAGUUCCAAACACUACUUUUAAAGAGAGGCUAAGCCCCGUCCACACGUAUACCGAUAGUUUUGAAAACGGAGAUUUUUUCCUUUUGUUAUAUCGAUGGAAAUAUGAUAGCUUCUUUCACAGAGCAUGUGUUAUGCUAGUAGUAUAUGAUGCAUGACAUCAUCGUAUUCGAAAACCUCCGUUUUCGUCCGUUCACACGUCAACGAGAAGCCAGCGUUUUUGAAAAAAAUGCUUUUUUGGUGACAGUUUUCACCGAAUCCGUGUGGACGGUAGGCGAAACCGGAGGAAAAGACAAAAACAGUUACGUGUGGACGGGAGCUAAGUGCUAAAUCCUGGCAUGAAAAUGAGUCUUAUUUGCAUAAGAAUUUCUCACUUACCCUUGCCCUGAAGGAAAGAUUUAGGGAAAUUCGCAAAUGGUCCACUGCUUUUGUUGUUUAAAAGUUGGUACAGCUUGAUUUCAUCCUUGUUAUUUGUUCAAGCACUAGGCUAGUAUCUAGGUUACUUGCUUUAAAUGUGUCAUGAGUCAUAGAGACGCCUAAUUUUUGUGGACUGAUAAAUUGAUCUUACGUUCAUUGUUUUCUCUUGUUUCAGCAUCGUCAAAGAAAAGAACCCACCUUACAAAAAUUUAUCGCUGUAAGUAUUUUCGCUAAUAUCUUUUGAGAUUGUGGAUUUCAGUUUAUCACAGUCUUUACCGUUACUGUUAUGUUUUCUCUUUAGAGUUGUGAAAACGAUCCGUUGUGUAGAAGGUUGAGACUACAAGAUAUAAUUUCCUCCAGUUAUCAGAGAUUGACAAAAUACCCACUUCUAUUGGAAGGAAUACAGAAAAAUACUCCAAGUAAGUCCGUUACGUUUAUGAAGAGGAUGUUACUCGAGUGUAGCGGUCACGCUGUGCACUGCUCCCCUGAUCUCCAGCUCGUUAUCUUCUGAUUUUUAACAUGACUGGUAAAGUUAGAGCAACAGGAAAAUUAAAGAAGGAGAAUAAAGACUUGAAAAAACAAUUAGAAGAAGUUAGAACUAGACUAUCCGACCAAGUUUCUUCAAUUCGACAAGCUGACAAUAUUUGUUUGUUUCUUAAUUACUUAAUAAUAUGAAGUCUACCGUACAUAAGUUGCACAAAAUUUUAUGUUAAUGUAUAUGUUCUGUAUUUUUAAAAUGUAUAUCUAUAUAAGAAAGUUAUCUCUGUACAGUCUGGCUUGCCGCGAUUAGCUCUGGGCUAUCUGCAAGCCAGCCUAAUCAUCCCAAAUUGAAGUUGAAUACAGGAUGUUGUUGGAGAUCCCGCGUGUUGCUUAUGUUCGGCAUUGCGCUGAGUAAUUAUGUUGAACUGUUUGCCAACCUAGGCUCUCAUCCGGAUAGUAAAGAUAUCGAGAGAGCAAUUCAGUGUACCAAGGUAAGAUGAACUUAUUUUGCGCUAAUUUGUGCCAAUUUUAACUUAAACUGGCAGGCCAAUCACGAGAAACAUACAUGUUUGAAUGAUUACCACUUCCGAAGGAGUGUUGCUCACUGCAUCCUAAACGGAAGCAUUAGGUUUUUCUUUUUCCUUACACGGCUUAGAAAGGCAUAAUAUGCAAUAACGUAAUGGGCUAGUGAGUUUAAUCCACGGUCACUAUUAUUAUUGAUCUAAACGGUGUUCUCUGGGUUUCAGUUGAAUGCUUGUUAGUGCUGCAUAUUUGAUCAUGCGUUUUUGUUUCUUGCAGGAUUUACUAGCGUUUGUGAACCAGAGUGUGAAGGACUGCGAAAAUAGACAAGUACGCGCAUUUAAUACCGUAUUAAUUAUCAUCAUUAUUUACUUUAACAUUGGGUUACCUGUGGCUUGUAUUACAAAAGAGCAAGCGUUAGCCAACGUGCAGUGUAGAAUGUUCUUAACUUUUUUUCCUAUCCCUACAGAGACUUGCUGACUUUCAAAGAAAAAUUGACAGAAGACCUCUUGAAAGUACUAGCAAUAAAACAAUGGAAGAGUUUAAGGUACCAAAGUUGAUGGCUUCGUUUAGUAUGACGCCACCCAAGUCGUCUUCUGGCUAACAUCUAGAUAAAAUAGAGCAAAACGUUUCAAUCUUUGUCACGGAGUUAACGUCUUGGCCCAUUUUUCUCGAAGGCCUAUUAUUCCUAACCAGGGGUUAAAUUUUAAUCCGGGUUGCCUUUUUGUGUUGUUGUUUUUCCAAAGCAUUGCCUCCGUUAAUUAUAGCGGACUAUUUUAGGGCAUCCAAAUAUCAAUUUGUAGGCCAAACCAUUUACAGGAAUUUGCUUUGUCAACAUUCAGAUUUAAGGUACGAAAAAACGGGCGACAAAAAACAUGCAACUUGUUUUGCAACAUUUGCUACAAAACGAGUUGCAAAGAGACGUUGCGCGUUUUACCACCCGCAUCAAAUCUGUCUUGCACCAAAUCAGGUUGUUGAAAGGUUUGAACGUUGGUCGUAAAACGUGCAACAUCGUUUUCAACUCGUUUUGUAGCAAUGUAGCAAAACAAGUUGCAUGUUUUCUGUGGCCCAGUUUUCCGUACCUUAGAAAAUCUUAAUUCAAAUUUCGCUUUUACCAUGGAUUAUCUUACACCGCGGUCAUACGUCCCAGGCGUUUUUCACUUAUUAUGAAGUGGAAACACGUGCAAAUAUAUCUAAAGCAUAUUGUGAAUGUAAUUCUUUUCUCAUUUCUCAAAGUAAAGAGCUUCUUGCCGCUUUUGAAAAACCUUUGCACCCGACCUAAUUUUUAUUGACAAAUGGCGACAGCAAGUGUGCAGUUUCAGUUUUCAGACACUUAGAGCUUUGUUAGUAAACGUUCAAAGUACUUUGUAAAUGAGCAGCGUAUUGUUAAUGUUUCAAACUUGAACUGGUGAAAAUAAUAACCUUAGCUUUUAAGGACUUAGCUUGGCUUUUGCAAAGUCUCUUGUUUGACAUAUUUUAUGCACGUCAAACCAAAUACUGAAUAACCUGGUAAUUCAGUGAACCAUAUUUGACACUUGGUUUUCAUCUUGUUCUCCCUUGGUUUUUGUUUGUCAUUUCUGUUAGCAAGACAUGAUUCCAGUUGGAAAAGGUUUCGCAACACGCUCAACGAAUGUUGGCAUUUUUAGCGCAGGAUAUUAAUAGUCAAAAACAGUCGAACGAAAGGCGAAUUUUCCUGGAAAUUUGCCCGUCAGAUUUGCGAGCAGAGGUUUGUCUUGCACGGUUUUAAGCUUUAACGAAGUCGUUCUCGUGGCUUGUCAGUCGCGCGUUCGAACGACUUUGUUAAUGCUAACAGCCAGGCCAGAAAGAAACCUGUGCUCGCAGGGUAACAAGUAGUAAAUCAAUCGGUUUAUUACUUGGCCACUGGAGCUAACACUGCAGUUGUUUUUUGUGUACAUUCCUUUGUCAGUAUCGUAGUACAUACUCAGUCAUGUUGUCUCUCAAGGUACGGUAAAAUGGCCAACACAAAAACGUGCAACCUGUCCUGCGAUUUUGCCGCAAAUCGAGUUGAAUAGCGAUGGUGCGCGUUUUGCCACCCACGUAAAAAAACCUCGCAACCUUAUUUGUUGCCAGUCAAAUUUGAACGUGGGUGGUAAAGCGCGCAACAUCGCUAGUCAACUCGUUUUGCAGCAAUGUUGCAAAACAGGCUGCUCUUGUUUUGCUGCCCGUUUUACUGUAGCUUUACAACCUUUGCUGUACGUUUUAUCUGUUCUGUGUUGUAAAUUGACUUUUCAUAUUCUUUUAGGACUUGGACCUGACUAAGAAAAAGUUGGUUUAUGAUGGUCCACUGACUUGGAGAAUAAGUCGAACAAAAUCUAUUGGUAAGCUGUUUUGAAUAUCGCUUUGAAUGGGUAUGGGUUGUUUCUUCGUCUAUUUUCACUUCUUCUCCACAACUGUUUUUUUCAAUCUUUUUUUUUUGUCGCGCAAAUGUGAACUGGAAAGCAAUAUAUUAUCAGGUCUGUCAGGUUCAUUUCAACGCUUACUCCUCUUUUGUGCAGUGGGGCUCUGCCUCGAUGAAUUUUCUUUUGAUUCAUCAGUUAAUGAAUGUAACGAAUGUUGUUUUGUUAUUCUCAGAUCUUCAUGUGCUUCUUUUAGAAGAUUUAUUAAUUCUACUUCAAAAGCAGGAUGAUAAGCUUGUUCUGAAGUGUCUUAGUACAACUUUUUCGGCAGGGUACCAAGAUGUAAAGGUAAGUUCCUCUAAAUAUCCAUCAAACCAAUACUAAACAAUCAAUAGAAAACCAACUUGUGGAAAAAACAAAGUAUACUGAGUGAAACAAACUAUUAAAUGAUUCAUUUUUUUCGUUGGAAAAUAAUUGUCCGCGUACAUUUGUAGCACACGGCGGUAAACGUUUAUGUUUUGACCAUAGGUACCCAUAUUUACCCCUUUUUUCGUAGAGACUAUUCAUUGCCAGUAAGCUCAUGUCCAGCCAGACGACUAUUUUUUAAUUGUCUUAGUGUGUGUGCAAUUCUGUUUGAUGUGUUUGAUGGCACUAUAUUUAGCGGGUCUUGAUUAUGCCUAAGUGGUUAAAGAUUUAGACGUAUUCUUAUUUCAUCCUUUAGACUACUCACAGCCCUAUAAUCAAACUGAAUAGCGUUCUGACAAGAAAUGUGGCAACAGGUGGGUUUAACUAUGUACACAGUGUCCUUUUUAACUUGAGAUGAACUAGUAAAUUCCUACAAAAGGUAUAACUAUUAAAUCAUCAUGGGCAUGUAUAGUGGCCAUAGCUUCUGUGGUCGUUGGUUUACUUAGGGGCCAGUUCAAUUUUGAGUUAUAGCACAGCUCUGCAGAGAAGUAUUGGUCUUUCUCUCUUUCUACUAAGAAAAAUAUAAUUUUAAUGGUUCAUAUGACUGAACAUUUUGUUGAAAAAAUCUCUGCCAGUGAGUGCCUGUCUUAAAUAACACUUUCAUUAGGGUGCAUUUAUAGCUCAGUAUUGUGAAUUAGCACUAAAAAGCCCCAAUAAAAUGGAUAACAAGUUAUUUGUAUUGUGUCCAACAGACAAGAGAGCUUUCUUUCUUGUGAGCACCUCAUCCUCUGUUGGACCACAGAUUUAUGAACUAGUUACAGCAACAGUCACAGAUCGGAAGAAGUAAGUCCUUUGUGGUCAAAGUAUUUUUAGCUUGAAUUUUUUACUGACCAUUCACUGAUUAAGCGCCAAAUAUUAAAUUUCCAUAGUUUGUUACCUUCCAACUGCAUCUCAGGCGUUUCCAUCUGUGUACACAAUUGUUUGGACGUUGUUAUUGGUACAAAGUUUAAUUUUGAUUUUUGGUUCGGAACAACUGGAACUGCAGUCUUACAACACGCGAUCAAGAGUCGAUUCCCACCUACCUCCUGUAUUGAUCUGAGCGUCGUUUAGUUUAAAAAUGAUGUGUUGGACUCCCAAUAUCGUUACUAUGAGGUUACUAUAUCAUAAUUUUUAUCAAAAUUUUUUAUCUGAGAAUUAGCUUCUAAAUUUGACUGAAAAGCUUUCCUUCACUUCUAUGGACUUUUUUCGCUUUGUGUGUUUAACGCAUGUUAUCCCGUGAUAUAUGAGCGUUCAUCUUAUUAAUAGCUAUAAUGGUAUUGAUGAUACAGCUUCUCUCUCCACAGCUGGUUUAAGUACAUAACAGAUACCGCCGAGGCAUACAAAGGGAAAGGUAGGUUAAUUUCAAACUUUAUUUCUGAACAAGGCGUGUAAAUGUUUAGAGUUUUGUGAGGGAAGGCAGUCAACUUGUCAGCAUCCUCUCUUAAUUCUAAAUUCGACCUCGGAGUUUUCUUUCUUGUAAUCCAUUAAAGUACGUAUGGUUUGGCCGCUAUGAGUAGUAGCAGGCAAAUCAAACCAUGCCGUCUUUCGCCAACAGCGGUGUAAGUAGUAAGGAAGUCUACUAACCAGGUUAUCCUUACAUUUUUGGAACUAACCACAAAGGUGGUUUGUUUUCUACAGAGCGAGGUCGCCGAUUUGCUUUAUCAGUUGGCGGUACACAAACAAUAAUGGAUCCAGGUGACCCAACCGAAUUACCAGGAAGGAGAGUCAAUACAGCAGCUAAAGAAGAGGGGGAAUCUUCCAAUACGGAGAAGUUUGUUAAUACAAAAACAGAAGAGGACGAAGCAGAUAAAGAGAAUGAUGCAGAUGAUGAUGACUCGGAAGAAGAACAACCUCGGGAUGAUGAUGAGGAGGAAGAAGAUGAUGAUGACGACGACGACGAAGAGGAAACUGAGAAAGAAGCGCCAAGAGAAGCAGCUGUGGAGGAAGUACCGGUUCCUAAGAUUCUUGAGCCACCUGUAGAGUCUCAGGUUGAAACAGAAUCUGAACACGAGUCUGACCGUGAGUCUGAAUCAGAAGUCAAACAAGAGUCAGAAGUGGAAUCACCACCAAAGUUGCAUAUAGAGUCCAGUCCUCCUAGUGAUUCAGAGACUGAUGUAUGUUUCAAACUAUUCAGCUGAUCUUGCUAUAAUUGUUUAUUGUAAUUAGGAAAGUGCGACUGCUUGAACUGAAGAUUAUCAGCACCAGCCCAGCAAGAAGUUUUUAUAAUUGGAUUAUUACUGGUUUCGGGGAAAGUAUAUUCCAGACCCCAACAUGUCAUAGAGAUGGUACUUGACUAGAUCUUAACAGUCCAAAAAUUGAAAAUGGGUAAAACAAUUCAGACAGUUAUGAUUAACAGUUUUGUAUCUGCUGUUUUAGGUUCUUUCAGCUGAAGACAGUGAAGCCCCAGUAGAUUCGUCAGUUGUGAACAGAGAUUCGUUAGCGGAGCUCACAAAUGAGGAAAGUGUAGAUGACAGAUCACCUUCUCUGGAGCGUAACAGCAUUAUCUCUGACAGUUCUUCCAGUUCAUCGAAUGACACCUUGAAAAUGAGAGGAAGCCUUGUUCACAUGUCUGCUGAUGAACAGGAUGAAUCUAUAAGCAAUAAUCCAGCGCGCUCUUCAGUCAUGUUGCUUGGUAAGUAUCCCCCUAUUUUCCUUUCUUUUUUAUCCGAAAAACUGGUGUGUUUAUAAUGUUCCUUGGUCUGGGUUUCCACUCUUUGUCUAACACAUGGGCGAAUCAAUCUUCAUGUAGUAUCACUAUUACUCUCGAGGUUGCAUUUAAAUUCGAAAUCCGUGAUUCGGGUGAAACAAAUGUCAGACAAGUGGGUAUUUUGCGGUACUUGUAUCAUUGCAGUGGAAGGCCUGUUACUCUGAGAAAAUUUUGUACAGGUAAUGUUACUAGCGUGGGAUAUAAAAAAUCUGGGUCCCCCACAGUAUUCAAAUUCAGACAUCCGAGACUACCGGUUUGGUGCUCUGUUUUAACGUAGUUUGUACGUUUUGGCUCGUUGUCUAUCUGCAGGAGGUUUUAUUUCGUGAAUCCAAAUGUUUGUAUGUGCUGAUUAUAAAUUACCAGUCUUCCGAAGUUUUAAGUAAUAUUCACGUAAUUUCACUAGAAGCAAGAACAAUAGUUAUUAGCCUAAAGUCUUAGUCUUAUGGCUAAUAACGUCUGUAUUUCGGGCAAACAUUACAUUAUUUUUGUUUGUUUUUUAGAGUUGCUGAGGUCAAAGGAUGAAGAGCUUAGAAAAAUUUUAGAAGAAAAAUCUAGACUUGUUGCUGAACUGAGGGUAAAACGUUAUUGUAUAAUAUACAGUUACACUGUAAUUCCGACCCUUUUUCUCUCCAUAAACUUUUGCCAUUUCGUUACGUAAAUUUGAUAAGAUUGCAUACUUAAAGAAACGAUUAACCCUAGCACAGUACAUACACUAACACAAUUUCACUGGAACACACUUAAAUAACCAUCGAUCUUUUUCUUUAGCUUGUUUUUAUGACUGGUUAGCAGUGAAGGUUGUUUUUAGUGUGUGACAAUAUAUUGGAUUCCUGUACCGCAGCGCAGUCAGUUAUAAUAGGUACAACAGACGACACAGCUUAGUGCUCGAUGGUGUAAUUUUUUCUCCCUCUGGAAUCGUGGGCCGUUGCAGCUGUCCGUAUUAGAUUACUUUUUAUUACUUUUUUUACCUAGGGAGCGAAUAUGACAGUAGGAGCAUCAACCAGUGAGGUAGGUGUCGAUUUUGCCUUGUUAAUGCAGAAUUGAAUUAAAGUUUUAAGUUCAAAAUGUUUGCAACCAUCAGUCCACUCACUUAUUGACGUAAUCAAGGCCAUUUUUGUUGUAGCUCAGUGCUUUUGUCGACGAAUAGAGUACUUUUUUAAGCGUUGACGUUUCGAAAUGUGGCUUGUUAUUCAUAAAGUUUAAGGAAAUCUCGUACCCAAUCAGACGUCACUUCUCUGGUUUAGUGCGAGACUUAUGUUUAGCAGGAGUUUUUGCGUGCUGGAGUUAUCCUUUGGCUUACCACUAUUUGGGUGCAUUUUGUUUCAGAGUCAUAUCAACAGUGAUUCAGUGGAGGCUAGGUAAUUACUGUUCCUAUUUGCAACGAACUGGGUGCAGUGCUUGCUCUGAUUCUUUUUACCUAUUUGUUAGUUUCCGUCGCUCAGUAGAUUUUAUAGGUAUUAUUUUGUAGAUACUGUAAAUAUUUUGCAGAUGGUGCAAAACAUGUUAUUAUGUCUUGUAUCUUCGAGGAAAUUAAUUCAUUUUUCUGUCUUCUUUGGUAGGGAUUUGAUACUAGCCGCCAUUCUUCAAGGUUAGUUGUAAUAUUCAUAGUGGUGACUUGUGGAACUUUUGCGUUGUCUUGAACUUUACCUAUUCUGAAGUUCAUGUACACAUUUUGCCAUAAGGUCGUGUGGCAAAACUUGUAACGCACAUUUAUCGUAAGGGUUGUUUUGAAAAGGAUCAUAAUGAAUUAAAAUAACGUAAAAUUCCGAAAAGAAGCCCCGAGGCUUAUAUUUUUCAAAGGCCCUUUUUGAGGGGCUUAUUUUUGUACGAAGGGAAAUUUCCGUUACAAAAUCGGUUAGGCUUACACUUGGAGGGAAAUUUGCGUCCCAAAAUCGAUUGAGCUAGCUUUUAGUUGGAAGGAAUUUUAUGUUAGUAAAUUGCACGAAGUUUUAACCGAGACUUAGAUCUUCCUAAAACUAUGUAGCCAUGCAAACUUAAAAAAACUAGGGUGCACGGUAGCGGAACGUAGUUUCCUUGCAAGUACUUUUUCUAUGAACCGAAGAAAUCCAAGCCAAGAGUGAAAAGUGAAGUACGCAAACAGCAAUAAACUGUGACACUUUUUGACUGCGAUCAUUUUGCACACGUAAUAGUUUUUUGGAAAAUAAAACAAAAUUGUGUUCCUGUACCGUUUUUGCUUUGUUUAAUUUCGGAUUUUAAAACAGUUUCCAAGUAUAAACCUCCCAGGCCUUAGAUUCCGAUGGGCCAUUUAAGAGGGUUACAUUUACCAUUUACGGAGGUUUUUUUCGUUACGAGUUUGGGGGGCUUAUAUUUUGAGGGGCUUAUACAUGGAGGGGCUUUUCUUUCGAAAUUGUACGAAAAUAUAAAGAAAUGGAAUCUUAACAAUUCUGUCUUUUUGCCGUAAUUUUUUGCCUUAUGCUCUUUGUAUGUGUGAAUAAUAUUUUUUUGAUUUGUCAUUUUUCACAGUAUUUUCACAGAGUAAGAAAUUCGCAAGAAUCCCGAUGUUUCCGAUCGUUUAUCGCAUAUGCCUUCUGCGCUUCAACUUUUUCUCCAGAUUAAGUGUAGACUGAUCGAUCUAAAAGUUUAUAUGUAGACUAGUGCUACUGAUCUACCGUUUAGCUGCUAUUGCUCUAGAUUGAUAAUAUACGUGCUUUACCUCUCAGAAUUGGUCACUGAAAUCGGCUUUUGUUACUUCUGAUGUGAUCUUGUUAUGUUUUAUUUUAGCAAAUCGUUUGACGGUUGCUGUGAGCGAUGUGCUAAAUCCAAAUAUAGACGACGUUUCUCGUGGUCUGGUAUCACUGGGUUGUGAUGGUGUCCAGAGCGACUUCUCGCCGCAGGUACUACCGUGGCUAAUGUUUAGUUUCAUUUUCACCAUACCUAAAUAUAUUUUUAACCAAUACAGUAUUUUAGGUAGGCCAUAGGCUUGCAACCGAAAGGAUUAGCAUGUUGAAACUAAAAUGUCAAAGCUAAGUGCCUAUGUGUUGUUAUGAUUGCUUUAUGAAGGACUUAAUUUUAUAAAAGAGUUAGACAAACUCGUUUUUAAUAAGUAGGCUGUUAGUUAGGUAACAAGUACUUAGUGUGUGUUCGAUUGGCCGUAUUUCGCAAUACGAAUAGAUGGAUGAAAAUCUAGAAAUUAUUUGUUUUGGCAUUCGUAUAUUGCAUUGCAAUAUCUCGAAAUGUGCUUGAAAUGAAAUAUUCCAGUGUAUGGAGAGUUUAAAUGGCCCAAAAAUCACGGUAGAAGAGAUAUGCGUUAAAACGUUGGCGUAUUCUUGUUCUAAAAUACGAUCAAUCGAACGCAUCAUAGUAGAGCGACAGUGAGUUCAUGUGAUCAUAAUCACAGUCAAUUGAAUUUGUGAUAAUGUACAUAACAUAACUUUAUUUUUCUUUCAUUUUAGCAACAACUUGUUUUGUCAACGUCGGUGUUGAAUGAGCAGCUUACAACUUUACUUGUAAGUACUAAAAAAAAAGGCCGGAAACUUCGCUGCUGUUUGUUACGUUGCUGUAUACGAGCGCUUAACCUGCACCUGUAAUUUCCUUGUCUUUCAGGGAGUUAUAACUGAUCGAGACAUGGCAAGGGAAAGGUAAACUUAUACGUUUUAGAUUUUGAAGGGUGAUGUUGAAUUUUGUGUCAUUAAACCCUGUUCCGAUUGACGCGAUGUUUACCCCAUACAGUGCACUCUGAAGCUGGAACCUGGAAUGAGUUUCCCUUGUUAGUCAAGGCUUGGAAACCCUCACCUCAAAAAAACUGACUUCUGAACAGUUUCUGUGUUCGUUUGUAAUGCAGGUUACGGUGUGACCUUCAAUACGCUAACUCGCAAAUUCAGCGCCUUAAACAGGGCCGUUCAUCAUCCCGCCGCGUAAGAGAACUUCCCGGUUCCCAGUUCUCUAUCAACGAUGAGCAGUUUUCGCCAGGAUUCCAAUCGGAUUCCCCUCGACCCAGCUCUCCUUCGUCUACUAUAGACUUAGACUCGGGUAAGCGCAGCUUGUAUCUAUAUGGAGCUGUUUGUUAAGAUACUUCUGCUUGAUGCAACUGUAUGAUGCUUGCUUUUGUUGCUAAAUUUUGUAAGGCAAUACAGUGAAACCUGUGUCAGCGGAUACCCGGCCCACGGGGCUGUCGCUAGUGUCCUCCUCAUAGAGCCGUUUUACAGAAAAUAUGGGAAGAAAAGUUUGCGACUUACUGAUGCGUGUGCAGUGCUCAUGACUCAGGGUGCAAAUUGUUCAAUAUGCGGUCCGCUUUAAUACCGGUUUCACUGUAUGGAAGGGUUAUUGAUAGGUAGGGAUGGGUGUGUGAAAUACGUGCUUUUGAAGAAAAAAUAAAACAUGGGUAAACGUGGGCUUUUAAAGGAGCUUUUUGCCAAUGACUAACUCUCUUGUGAGGUGGUAUCAAACUUCGCAUCCUGGAAGUAAAACUACCUAAACGUGCUUGAAGGAAAAAAAAAACUGACCAUCUUUGAAAAUGGAUCUAUUUAUAUUACGUGUAAAGGUGCGUUUGAUUGAUCGUAUUUGAGUAUGGGGUUGUUCAGAGGAACUGCUAAAAAAUGUAAUCCAUUAUAUUGAGACCUCAAAGCUACUGGAGUACAACACGUACAUAUGGAUAUUUUUCUUAAGGCAAAUACGCCUGAAUCUCCCCAGCCUCGCACAAAACCCUCGCAGUUUUGUGCGUAUUUUGAUAUUUCGAAACUGGCCUAUCCCUCGCGUCAGUUCUAUGGAACGAAUACCAUCAAGCUAAAGCACCUUAAACAGGAUCCCCGGUUUCCAGCUCGAGAAAAACCCUUUUUUUUAUGUCGGUGCCGGUCACUGCCCAUCCUCGGAGACUCAGGGUCUCUCUCGCCCGUUCUGGAAAACUUUCGCUGCAGUUUUUCCCGACCUGAUUGACUGCCCGUGGGUCUCCAAACAUGGUCAUUGCCAUUGAAUACAAAUAAAGGGGGUUCCUGUGUAGCGUUUGUGUGUUAAAAGUGGGAGGGUGGUAAGUUAAACGCCGAUAAUCACAUGUCUGACAUCAGACAUUUGACAUCAGACGUCUGACAUAAGACGUCAGGCAUCUGAGAUUAGACAUCAGACAUAUCACACAUCAGACGUCUGACAUCAGGCAUGUGACAUCAGACGUCUGACAUCAGAUAUCUGAAAUCAAACGUCUGCUCUCAGACAUCUGAUAUUAGACAUCAUACAUCUGACAUCAGACAUGUGACAUCAGACGUCUGAUAUCAGACAUGUGACUUCAGACGUCUGAGAUCUGACAUCUGACAUGAGACGUCUGACAUUAGACAUCAGACGUCUGACACCAGAUGUCUGAGAUAACACGUCUGACAUCAGACGUCAGACAUCUGAGAUCAGACAUAACACAUAUCACACAGGCACAUCAGACAUUAGACGUCUGACAUCAGGCCUGUGACAUCAGACGUCUGAUAUCGGACAUGUGACUUCCGACGUCUGAGAUCGGACGUCUGACAUUAGACAUCAGACGUAUGACACCAGAUGUCUGACAUCAGACGUCUGACAUCAGAUGUCUGACAUCAGACAUCUGAAAUCAUACGUCUGCUGUCAGACAUCUGAUAUCAGACAUCAUACAUCACACAUCAGACGUCUAACAUCUGACAUCAGACGUAUGACAACUGAGAUGUCUGACAGUAGAUGUCUGAAGUCAGAUGUCUAAUGUCAGACGUCUGAUGUCAGACAUCUGAUCAGACAUCAUACAUCACACAUCAGACAUGUGACAUCAGAUGCCUGACAUCAGAAAUCUGACAGACAUCUGACGUCAGAUGUCUACUGUCAGACAUCUGAUAUCAGACUUCAUACAUAUCACACAUCAGACGUCUAGCAUCUGACAUCAGACGUCUGACAACUGAGAUGUCUGACAGUAGACGUCUGAAGUCAGAUGUCUAAUGUCAGACAUCUGAUAUCAGACAUCAUACAUCACACAUCACACAUGUGACAUCAGAUGCCUGACAUCAGCAAUCUGACAUUAGACUUCUGACUUAGGACGUCUACUGCCAGACAUCUGAUAUCAGACAUCGUACAUAUCACACAUCAGACGUCUAGCAUCUGACAUCAGACAUCUGACAACUGAGAUCAGGCAUCUAACAGACGUCAAAGAUCUGACAUCUAACAUAAGACGUCUGACAUCAGACAUGUGACAUCAGACGUCUGAGAUCAGAUGUCUGACAUCAGAUGUUUGACGUCAGACAUCUGAACUGACAUUUUCCCUGAUGAAGGCAGCAUUGCCGAAACGUCGUAGUUUUAUUUGCAAUUAUCAGCGUUUAACUUACCACCUUCCCACUUUCAACACAGCCAUUGAAUGUCGAUUGUGUUAUUGUCCGAAGCAGUGGCGUAUAGCCUGUAGUUCAAUGGUACUACUUUCUGAUGUUCUUUCAUGUUCUUUCUCUGUAAACAGAUUAUGCGCGGUUAUCAGAGACUAGUGACUAUUUGGCAUCUGAAGAUAACAUGGUAUGGUUCGUUAGGCUUUUGUUAGGGAUUUCCUGUUGGUUGGGAUUUUUUAAGACACGUUAUUACCUAGUCAUCACUUAGUCUUUGUUCAUCCAGACAACAGUUCUUUAUUUGUUACAGUGUUUUUCUUUCGUUUGUAUAAACAGGAGUUAAUGCAUGCAACAUAUACUACUCGGUUUGACUCCAGCCAAAGUGAAUUCAGUUUAUUAUUAAGUAAUACCACCGUGUUUGUUUGUUUAUUGGUUUGUUUUAUUGGGUAGGUUGUUGGCCUUGUAACUGUAGUAGGCUGAGUUGAUUUGUGGUAGUUGCAAACGCGGUUUGAACAUAUGUUGAAGCCUUACGUCAAGUCUAGAAAUGAUAUAUUCUUGUCACCAAAAUGUUCAGUAUUCAGACAUUGGUGCCGGUUGUUAUAGUGACAUUGUGAGUGAAAUAUUUGACUUAGGGAAACGCAUGCAGCGUUUUUAUCAUAUACGUUAGAUUCAUCUUCUUUACCUUGUCCAUCCUUUUCUUCCAAGGAAAUAUAUGAUGAACAUCGGGCUUUCUUUCUUCUCGAAGGUGGUAGACUUGGCUUAUGGUACUUUGCGAAACGAAACGAAACGAAACGAAACGAAACGGUACUUUGCGAAAUGGUACUUUGCGAAACGGUACUUUGCGAAACGGUUACACAAGCGCCAAUGCGCCUAAAUUUUUCGCGUUGGCGACCAAAUCGUGAAAAUUAGCAGCCUAGAAUGCUUCAUCACACCUUAUCUCUAGUACCUAGAAUGCUACUGAAAGCUUAAGAUUUGUUUCCAAAGAGCAAUGUAUUACCAGACGCCAUCUUGGAUUUAGGUGACUUGGAACGUUGUGUAUGAACUAUUUUAGUGUCGUCUUUGUAACACGUGUUAAUUUUGCGGGUGCAUCUUUCACACGCAGACAUGUAAAAAGAGCGUUUCAGAGCGUUUUUCUUGUAAAUUUGUUUCUUAGUUACUAUGAGUACCAUAUAUGAAUUACAAUUAAAGCAAAUCAAACAAAAAAAAUUGAUUUUGGCAAUUUGCUAAAUGAUACUUUGCGAAAUGUUUGUCUUUCUUUCGUCACGCGAGGUAUUGCGUGAGAAAUUUUCCCGCGCUUUGGGGUCAUGCAUGUGAGACCGGCGUCUGCCCAUGUGCUAGCAAACGUUAUUUACAACAGUGUUCUUCAGAGCUUCUUAUUAUAUUUUUCUUACACAGUUAAGUUUUGGAUCUAACUUAUCCAACAUAAUUGAAGCAAAUUAAAACAUGCAAUCUGUGCCAAUUUGUCUCUAAACAAACAAAAAAGAGUCUAUGGGCCACAGAAAGAAGAAUUGUUACGGUUUUACUAAAUUUGUCAUUGUUCCAUUUGUUGUCAUUGUUACUGUUAAUGUUUUUGUUUGAUUUGCUUUGAUUGUAAUUCAUAUAUGGUACUCAUAGUAAUUAAAAAAUAAAUUUACAAGAAAAACGCUCUGAAACGCUCUUUUUACAUGUCUGCGUGUGAAAGAUGCGCCCGCAAAAUUAACACGUGUUACAAAGACGACACUAAAAUAGUUCAUACACAACGUUCCAAGUCACCUAAAUCCAAGAUGGCGUCUGGUAAUACAUUGCUCUUUGGAAACAAAUCUUAAGCUUUCAGUAGCAUUCUAGGUACUAGAGAUAAGGUGUUAUGAAGCAUUCUAGGCUGCUAAUUUUCAGGAUUUGGUCGCCAACGCAAAAAAUUUAGGUGCAUUGGUGCUUGUGUAACCGUUUCGCAAAGUACUGUUUCGCAAAGUACCAUUUCGCAAAGUACCAUUUCGCAAAGUACCGUUUCGCAAAGUACCAUUUCGCAAAGUACCGUUUCGUUUCGUUUCGUUUCGUUUCGCAAAGUACUAUAAGCCUGUAGACUUUACUAUUUGGCAGUGGCCUUUCUUAUUGUACUAACAGCUGUUGUUUUUGGCGGGUUUAACAGGAACCAGUGACGCGGUCUUCGUCGUUUUCUGGGUAUCGAACGAGAAGCUCAUUGGUAAGUUAUCAGUCUUUGUUAUCCCUUCUCUGCAUGUUUUUUUUAUACGUUUGUACCCAGUUCAGUGCUUCAAAUCUAGAAUAUUAUGUGGUCCAUAUGUUUUUCCCUUAAUAUGACGAGGUCUUGCGCAAAUAGUAUUUCUAUUAAAUUUUUCAACAACAGGAUUUAAAGCAUUUUUCUUAAAAUGGUGUGCAAAUUUAACAGUAUAACUGCUGAAGAUACCUUUAGAAGUGUAUUGAGUUACAUGGGUGGUAUAUUUUUUUUCUUUUUGAGAGUUAGUAGAAGCCUUCCUAAAGAGACCUAAAGACGUGUUGCAAGCAUGUGAUUGGUUAUUUAUAGCUUUAAAAUCACACAUUAGCUAACGCACAAAUUGUUGUUGUUGUUGUUGUUCGGAUUGUGCUGUGUUAUAUGUAACACCCUACACCCCCAGCCCACAUUCUAACCAGUAACUGAAGCUUAUUUAAUUUUAUUAAGAUGCUAACAAAUCCAGAUCUCGCAAUUGGCACCGAAUGCUACGACGUAUAGCACGUGGUAAGUCAUUCGGUAUUCUUUUGCACGCCACAUCCAGCUAGUGCUCAAUAUAAACCAACAGUUUAUCUCCUUCUCGUUUUCUGAGGUCUAUUGAACGUCAUUGUGAUUUGUGUAGGCCGGCGUUCAUUAGGUUCUUAUGCAACGUUUGUCUCUAUCAGCACGAUAUCUAUCUUCAACAGGCUAAGAAAGAUAUGUAUCAAGUAUGAGAGCGUUGAAAGAAGAUUCCUAUUUACCAUCAUUUGAAAUCUGUAAUUGCAAACCAUCAUAGUCGAAGUUUUCUCAUUGUUGUGUACAGUUGAAGGGUAAUGAGAACAGUAAAUACCCUGUAAACGUUGCUUUGAAUUGCGCAGAACGUCCUGCCAGCUGCUCUCUACGCAGAAUUUUAAUGUAAAUCAAGAGUGUCAUCUUAGCUUGUUAGAACCAGAAUUCGAAGCACAUGAACUAUUGUUUAGCCUGGCAUGCUUUUUUUAAAAAAAGGGUAACGGAACUAUCCUUUCGAAACUAGUUGGAGAGAAGUUUCCGGCAGGAGGUUCUGGAGCAGGUUUUAGAACGUUAUCCCAUGUUUGUUGUUGUAAGUUUAAAACCGUAGUUUAAGAUCAACAUUGCUUAAGGCAGACAUUUUAGGCUGAACUGAUCGUUCUCCAUGAGUUUAUUAACAUUUGACUCUUCAGUACGUCAAACGGUACAGUCUUGUGGCUUUUGAUGUGUUUACUACAACCAAUAAACAGUACAUGGUAAAUGCAUAUUUACCUUCGCCUUUCUUUCUUUCGAUUGCCGUGUAUGUAUACGGUUUUGGGUACAAAGGUAGCUUAUUGCAGUUUAAGAAAGAGGACCUACGGGCGAAUUCAGCUGUUUUCAUGUCGCGAGAGAUGUUUAAAUAACGAGUAGGCAAAGUCGUUUGGUCGCCAGCUGUAAUGUAGAUGAUGUGGUUCAAUUAUACCCUUGGUUAAAAUUUUAUUUGCCUUUGUUUCAAAGUCAUUAUCGUACACAACCAUACCCAAGAACAAAGGAAAAUGAAAUUUAAACCUAGUUUAAAAUUGAACUUCUGUUUACCACUAAGAUAUCUCAGUUGUCGUGCUGUUAUUGUCUAGAACGAAAACCGUUGGAAAGUCGAUCAUGAUUGUAAGGUCGUUCAUUCAGGGCGUGAAAGGGAAGGAAAAAGCAAGCAGUCGGUGCAUGUGAGCACCAGUUGAAAUCUGCGUUGUUGCUAUGUGCUGUGCCCACGCCUAGGCUGCGCUACAGACGAACCUAAACCUCUGGUUGAGUUGACUGCGAGCAAGCGCCGAAAUCCUUAUUCUGAAUCCUCCUCCUUAGUUUUAUUGUUUUCCCUCCUCCUCAUUCUUAUUGUUUUCACAGACUGGUUAUUUAGAUUUUCACUUUGGCCUGAUUUUAGCUAUUUCGGCCUGAUUUUGGCCUUUUUGGGCUGUGCUUGGCCUUUUUGGUCUGUCUUUCCUUCUAAAUAACCUGUCUGUGAAAACAAUGAAAAUGAAGGGGGCGGGGGAGGGAAAACAAUUAAAAUGAAGAGAAGGAGGAGAACAGAAAACAAUAAAAAAUAAGGAAGAGGAGGAGGAGGGAAAACAAUAAAAAUGUAGUGGUGGUAGUGGUGGUGGAGGAGGAAAACAAUAGAAAUGUGGUGGUGGUGGCGGUGGUAUAACUUUGCUGUUCACGCAGCUGUGUAGAAAGAAUUAGUGUGGGGUCGAUGUAGGGUCGAUGUAAGGCUGGUGUGGGGUCGAUGUGAUGGAGGGAAAAUAAAAUUAAAAAAAGACUUAGUUUGCUUUCGCCCUCAUUAAUAUGCACGAUUUACAAGCCAAGAACCCUUGAACUGGAACUAGGACAAUGGCAGCGGCAGGAAUAGAACUUGCAUAAUAACGUUACGACUCAGUGGUUUUAAGUCGUAGGCAAGGUUGAGUUUACUCCAUAAACAUCAUGAAUUAAGCAAUGAUAACGUUUCUUAUUUUGUAAUCAACCAAUCGAAAUCCAAGACGUUUAUCGACCUUAAAGUUACUUGAAAACCUGUCAGACCGGUUAAACCAACUAUUAUAUGCACAUGACCUUAGCUUAAUGAGAUUCCUCCUCAUUUUAUUCAUGGUAUAAGACAAAAGGUAUGACGUAAUUCGGCGUUAAUGUAUUCCACACAAAAAUUAGUUAAAUCCGCAAAAAAGGAUAAUUCGGUGUCUACUAUACUACUCGUUUGGAAUACAUGAUUAUUGGUGCACACAUUUAAAACACUUUUUCUUCUGUUAUUUCCGCUCGUUAUUCAGACUCUUUGCUUUAAAUUAGAGAGAAUGUUCUUUUUUUUGUUUUUUGUUUGUUGUUUUUUAGCCUUUUUAACUUUGUUUGUUGUUUUUUAGCCUUCGCUGAUUCUCUUUCUCGCUCUCACGAUUCUCUUAUUUGCAGGCCUCCAGUGGGUACCGAUCUUCUACGGCUUCCUCGCGGCACACAUGGCGCUCUCGGGAUGAAGCUGCAUCAACAUGGCGUCGAGGAGGCCGUUCCGCCAACUGGACCUACUGGAGCGACGACGGUGCGGAAUACGAGUCACAAUCACAGAUCUAA